UAGAUUAUUAUUAGUGCUGUUUUGUUUUAUAUUUUGAUUGUCAUAUACAUGCUUUUGCAAUACUGUAAAAUGAUGCGGUCAUGCAAAUAAAGCAAUUUAUUACUAUUUAUUACUACUACUACUACUACUGCUACUGCUACUGCUACUGCUACUACUACUACUGCUACUACUACUACUACUACUACUACUGCUACUGCUACUGCUACUACUACUACUGCUACUACUACUACUACUACUGUUUGAUUGAUAGUACUUUCGGCAAGAUGUGCUUCGUUCCUAGGAUAACCUUGAUGACGAUGAUGAUGAUUCUUCUCCUAAUUUUUAACUGAAUGUCAGAUGAAACCACAUUCCCUCCACCGGCUACCGACUACCGACUACUCUACUUUCCAUCAACGCUAUCAUCGUCAUCAUCAUCAUUAUUAUUAUUAUUAUUAUUAUUUAUUGCUUCAUUUUACUUUCAGCUCCUUCCACAACCGCGCCACCAACAACUACUCCCCUCCCAACAACUACAGCUCCACCUACAACCACUCCACCACCAACGACCACCGAGGAACCGACAACAACUCCGCCACCGACGACCACCGUGGAGCCAACGACAACUCCGCCACCGACAACCACCGAGGAGCCAACGACAACUCCGCCUCCGACGACCACCGAGGAACCGACAACAACUCCGCCUCCGACAACCACCCCACCUCCGACGACCACCGAGGAACCGACAACUACUCCGUCACUUUCUCCUGUUGGUCCUAUACGCGUGAGUACAUCCAAAAGUUGAUAGACCUUUCUACCAAUACGGCGGCUAUAUUAAAUUAAUUUGGAUUUAAGGAGUAUUUUGUGAUGCCCAGGGAGCAUACAGUAAGCACGAUCUGGUAUACUCGCGUCAGUAUGUACGCGGGCUUUUCGGGCCAAUUUUUUUAAAAAGUUUUUUCUAAAAAAAGAUUGUAAUGGGUUAAAAAGAUCGUUGUGCCGUGUUUGGAUUUAAUAAUGAUCGCCUUUUUCCCGAGAAAUAUACAUUGAAGUUCUUUUUUUAUCCGAAAAGCGCGCGUAAAUACGGAGCGAGUGCCCCCCCGAGCAUCCCAUAAUACUCCUUAAAUCUAAUAAAUUCAAUAUGGUUGCCGUGUCGGUAAAAAGGUCUAUUUAGGAUUUGUAUUUACAGUGGAACCUCGAUUUAACAAACCUCUAUAUAACGAAGUCCUCGGUAUAACGAACGAUGUUCUUUGUCCCAAUAAUAGUAAAAUAUAUGAAAAAGAACCUCGAUAUAACGAAACCUCGUUAUAACGAACAAAUUUGGUCAGUCCCUUUGCCAUUCGUUAAAUCGUGGUUCCACUGUACUAGCUUUGCAAGACACAGUAAAAUGGGCUGAUAAUAUCAGCCGAACUGGCUCAUUCUACCAAGAUCGCGGCACCUGAUUAAAACCAACAAAAAUCAAUUUAGUGACUUAGAGAUUUGUUCUUUCAGCCGUCGAAGCCAACAAAGUUAGAUGUUGUUGCGCCAUGCUGCACGGGCCUUAGGACAAGAGCUCUUUGAAAAGAGCGUUUUCACUCACGUGGCUAGCAUCUAUGCAGAUCUAUUGAAACAAAAGAAAGCGUUUACAAAAAGAAAAAAGUUCAACUCACAUAUGCACAGGAUUGCUUUGGAAUACCAACAUGGCCACCGUUUCAUGUUUUUGAACACCAAUUGAGACCUUUAGAUUCUUGAAGACGAGUACGACUACGAGAAUGAUAUUUUCUCAAUGCUAAGUAGCGCUUGCGGGUGAACCAGCGCCAUUUUGGGUUUUAGGGUGGGGAGGGGGUGGGAACGUGAUAGUCGUCGUCAUUCUACUACUGGUUUUUGCAACAAUGUCGUGGUGACGGAAACAAGUAAUCAAAUGUUAAAGGGAACCUCCACUCUUACUACAGAAUAAGUUUAAAUCGAAUACAAUUAUGUUGAUAAACAAAUUUGUUCGAAAUUUCUCCUUAAAAAAAGUGUUUAUAUCAGGAAAAGUGAAUUUUAAAAUCGCUUAUUUUCACUUUCAAAUUUCGCGGGCGCCGCCAUCUUGAAUAAUUGUGACGUGUUACGGUUGCUCUAUUGUUCUGACACAAAGAGCUUUUGUUUAAUAACAAUAGGGCAACCAUAACACGUCACAAUUAUUCAAGAUGGCGACGCCCGCAAAAUUUGAAAACAAAAAUAGGCGAAUCUAAAAGUUAUUUCUUUCGGAUAGAAACGCUUUCUUUAAAAAUAUUUUAGAUUGACUUGACUGUAACAGUUAUUUCCUGUGAUUUAAAGUUAUCUUUUUGUUGAAGUGGAGGUUCCCUUUAAAGGUUUUGUUAUUUGGGGACCGGGGGAGGACUUUACCUCUUUCAAUAAAGAUAACAGUGCUAACUUCUAUGGUGAAAAAAGGUACAAUGAAGCUUUUCUGGGUGUUAACGUUUUGAGAAUACGCGCAAAAACUUUAAGCCAAAUCCUGUCCUCGUGGUCGUUCUGGUCCUCGAAUUUAAAGGUCUCUAAUAUGGCCGCCGUGACGUCAUGUGAAAACUCUCCAGCGAUAGUGAUGAUUAUUUAAUUGUCUUCUAUUUCUCCAGAUCGGACCACCAGGAGAUCCUGGACCAAAAGGACCCAAGGUAUUGUAAGCUUGUAUUACCCUGCUUCCAAAUUCGAUGUUUCUCUUUUAGCUCAGUUUCUUAGCAUUACUAGUUUUGUUGUCCUGCAAAAUAUUUAAACUGGCCCCACGGGUAAGAAAAGAAAAGUUAUUAUCCAAGUGGUAUUUUUGCUUUAAUAACUAGGUACUUUACCAAACCUUACCUCCCUUGUCUCAAAAGUCAAUUCCGUGGGCCCCACAUGAGAAAUCAACUAUGGAGAGGACUAUUUGUUUUUCAGUAUUUCACGCAGAGAAAUGUAGGCAUGAACACUGUGUUUGUUAAAAAAGUAAUAAUCUGAACGUAUUAACAAAAUUACCAAGGGGGUUUGAAGGUUUAGCUUCUAAAGAAACGGAGGUGUUGCUUCGGUGGAUUGGCUUCGCUCUGACGAGCUAAAGGCACUCAAUACUUAGCCGGUGUGGAAUUUCGUAAUGCACGUCCUGUUUUGGUGCGCAGACCCCAGUUUAUCACUGAAAUACCAUCGCCAUUAGAUCACAGGUUUGAUGCACUGAACAAUUCUUUUAGUGUAAUCAAUAACGUUGCUUGAUAUUUAUUCUCAGGGAGAUACAGGUCCGAAGGGUUUACCUGGCGAGAUAGGUGAUCCAGGGACAAAUGUAUGUAUACCUAAUAGCUCUUGAUCAGAUUUUUUACGUCGUGGACACCCGACGGGUAUCUGCGAGUUUUUGUCAGUGGUGGUUGCGAUAUGCCAAAGUGAGUUUAAGAAUCGACGUUUUUGAGCGACGCACGGCAACCGGAAGUUGUCCUUUUUCUCUUUUUAUAUGCCCCCAGUAACGCUACCAUAUUUGUAUUGCUAAGUGUCUUUACUCUUAUAGAGACCAUUUGCCCAAAAAUUUGUUCAAAAUCAUCGCUCAAGAGUGCAAAAAGUCCACCUCCGGUUGACGUUUGUCGCUCAAAAACGUCGCUACUUAAACUCCCUGACGCUCUUUGUCUCUUCGGCUCUGACCCGAACUCGCUGCCCGAUAUGAAAACGACGUGUUGUCGGUGUUGCCCAAGUGCAGUCAAAUGACAAGGUUGUCGUUCACGAUCGUUACCCAAGUUCGCUGCGAAAGCAGCAACACUCGUUGUUAGGAGUCGAUUACCUGGCUCCUGUCGCUGCCAAUUCUAUCAGAUGUAAAGAUCGUGUAUAUGCGCUAUCACAAGCACUGGUACACUUUAAUUUUCCAGUACAACGACACAAGUAGAACAUUGCCAAUAAAUUACCCUUUUUUUUACCUGGUUAAUCGUUUUUACCCCAAACUUUUGCAGUCUCUCUAACAGGGGCUCUAGCGAAUAAUCGAUUACUGUCUUCGCCAAAACAUCGUCUUCCAAGGCGUUUAACAGUUGAAAAUACUGCGGUUUAACUGUAAACGGAGAAUAGGAGUUGUUAUGUAAACAUUCGACUUUUGAUCAUCUCUGCCCAAGGGUCCGUUUCUUCCGAUAAUUAACGGGCCCGGAAAGCUGUUGUUGUUUACAUUCAAGGUGGAAGUUUAGUAGUUUUUCAGACAAAAUAAUAAAACUAUAUAACUUGUUUGUUAACGGGGACUUGUGCUUUUAACUCCUACAUUUUGAUGUGAAUAUUUGAUUUCGGGCUCGAAAAGCAUUCACGAAAUGGGCCCCAGUUCAUCGACCUGGACAAAGCUAAAUGUGAGCGCGCGUGAAAAUCACCCCACUCGAGAAAUGCGAGAAAUUCUUGAUACGAUGCUGGUUUAAAUGCAGAGGGGCAUCUACAUCGGCAUGCGUUAGGAACCACAGCUGAACCAAGAAGGGGACAGGUACCAGCUACCAAGAGUCUGUGGGUCACUUUUGAGGCCAGGUGUAGAAACGUUAACGAGGCGUCAUUACUUUACAUUGAUCUUAGUGGGUAAUGAAAGUCGCAAUCUUGAUCAAAACUUUGUGUCUUGGAGAGACUAGAGAGAGACGAAAAAAGAAAUCGCGCGGGGGAUGAUGGGAAGGGGAGAGAGAUGAUAAGAGGGUCCCGCCUUCUCCCUCUUCCCAUCCUCCCCCGCGCGUUUGCGAUUUUUCGAUUAAGGCUAUUUGUAUUGGCAAUAGCAUGAUUUGUAGUGAUAUUUUGGAUAAAUACCACUAGUGAUAUUUCAAAAUUGUUAUACGUAAUACGAAAUUUGAGGCAAUUUUGAAAUAUCCCGAGUGGUAUUUAUGCCAAAUAUCACCAGCAAAUCAUGCUAUUAUUUGUUUAUACUACUACCCGCAAAAGAUUUGUAAUUUUCACAUGUAGGUAUUUCAAAUUAAGCUGAAAUACCAUUGCUCUGAGCCAAUCAAAUUGCAGAAAUUUCUUAUGUACUAGUAUAAUUAUUGGAAAACCCAGCGUGAACCUCUGUGAAGGGGAUUAUUGUAUCAUGUCUUACCUCGUCAGCUUCAAACAACAACAACAACAACAACACCAAAUGCUUUAUUUGCAUGACCAUAAAGGAAUUACAGUAUUGCAAAAGCUAUUAGUCUAAAUUUAAGUACUAAUUCAACUAAUUAAUACGUGCAAAACAUUACAAAACAGACCUGAAAGUCUAAACAGCCUAUUUACCUAAGUAAGAAAGCUACUAAAUUAACUACAUGUUUAUUAGGAUCCACAGGUGUGGUAUGUUACCUCUAUUUUUCCAUUUUCUGGUUUUCUGGAAGCCAUUUCCUACACUUUUCUCUUCCCUAGAUACCUCAAAUCUGUAGAAUAAAUUUUCAUUUACGUAUUCAAUAGGCCCUUUGCAGCUACAAUACUCGUCACAAAUCGUUGAAACAGACACCGUUUUUCCCGAAUUUUCUGGAACAAUCCUGAGAUUUAUACUUCAUACUGGUUUCCGCCCCUGAAAUGUGCCUUCUCCCUCCCCAAUGUUGAGCCACGCGUAUUUUGAAGUACAGAGACCACUGUGAUACCCAAAUCAACAUUAGGAAAGGGGAAACAGACACAAGUGUUUCAAGAUUUUUGACGAGUAUUGUAACCCUUUGUUUGUCUUGUCCCAUUGUGUCGUGACGGUUUUUUACUACGGCCGUGACUAGCUGCAAAGGAUCUAUCAUGCGUCUGGACGUUUUUGGUCAGUAUGCUUAGCAAUUGUGUUGUUUACUUUGUAGGGUACACAAGGAGGUCUGGGACCAAAAGGAGUGAAGGGACGUCCAGGCCUCCGUGGUCUCCCAGGUCCCCCAGGUAGAACGUUUAAUAUCACUAAUGGAGGGGGACCAGAUGCCGGGCCUUUACCUCUACCGCCGGACGUAGUGAGUGAUCAUUUUAUUCAUAUUUUUAUUUGACGGUUUCUCAGGGAGAGACUACUUUUCUACUUGAUUGAUCUUUAUUGCUGUGAUUAAGACACACACAAAGAAACACAUUAAAGAAAUAAACCCAAGGAAAUAAAACUUUUAAAAAGUGUGUGAACAGUUUUGAAUCGACUGGAUCUUAUUCGAACUCGAUAAAAUAUCAAGAUUCUUUCUAGCAACAGCGAGGGAAAAUUGCAAUUAUUUUUCCCGAAUGUGAACUAGCUGCAGAAAAUUUGGAGAAAACAAAUGAAGGUACCCUUCCUCGUGACCAGGUCCCAUUCAAUGUGAGAGACGAUCUUUGCUCCUUUUGCAAUCUCAGCAGGGCAAGAAAAUCACGGUGAUUAAGAACAGGGGCACCCAACGCCCGAAUUUCCUAAAUACGUCUAAAGUGUUUCAGGUGGUUUACUCUAUGCUUUAGAAGCCUGUUUGGUUAAUUUGGAGCUGCCCUAAAAACUUCCUGGUAUUUAUCCGUUCGGAUUUCUUAGGGGAACUUUGGUUGUCUCGAAAGUAUUAAGCUUUAGACGGCUUUUUCGUUUCACCCUAAACUGUUGUCAGGUACGUAUACCCUGAUGGGUCCGAUGAAAAGUUUGACGACAUGUAGUAGCCGUACUUUAAUUUCAUUAGAAGAUUUUGGGGGACAUUUAGUCUUAACACCGAAGUUUUCAGGAGACUUUUUUUAACAAUAGUCGCCAUAUCUCGGCAAUGCAUCGUAAAAAAAAAAAAAAAAAAAAAAAAAAAACUGGCGACAAUCUUUGAUAAGUUAGCAGAAAAACUCAGAAUAUCUCAGACUAUGAAAGGGCAACCCAGCCUUUCUUGAGCUUUAAAAAUUUUUAGGUAAUAUUAAUUUGCUCCUUCGGACAGUUAUUUUACAGAAAAAGGUUGUUGGGUACCCUUGCAAGAACAGCGAAGAAUGUAUUUAUCGAAUCUGAAUUUAUUAUAUUUUUUCAGGUGGGCUCGAGCAAUAAAGGACCGAGUGUUGGUUUUGUUGAAGUGAGAGGCACUCCCGGAGACCCGGUAAUACUUUAUUUUUAUCGUAAUUAUAGUGUCUUUAGUGCUUGUUUUGAAGAAUCCACAAAAACUCUAGAAACUAUUAACCCUUUCACUGCCAGAGUGUUUGAUGGAGUUUUGUAAGGUGGCUCUAACUUUUGAGUCUGUGGACGAAAUCCUAUGAUGUGACCAUUCAAAUGAAACCUCUUCAGCAGUACUUUCACAUGGUACUAUUCAUUUAGUAGGUAGUUCUAGCUUUUGAGUCUGUGGACGAAAUCCUAUGAUGUGACCAUUCAAAUGAAAGCUCUCUGCCUGUACUUACACAUGGUAUAUUUGUUUUUCAAAAUUUUACAAAAUGAAAUUUGUAAAUCUAGUCGAAAUUUGCCUUUGGCUACAUUUGGUAGUGAAAGGGUUAAAACAAGCAAUGACAUUUACGCAAUACGCUGAGAAGAAAUGCACGGGCGUGCUGAGGGGUAGAAAUUGCAGAUUUUGGUCGCACUUAGCCGUGUUCAGGACGGAAAACCAAUAUUUCUACUCAAACUUAUAUCGCUCACGGUUGUGCAUAAAGAGUUUUCUCAUCUAUGAAAAGGAAACGCCAUCAUACUGCGUUAAAGCCUCCCAUGCAGAUGUUUUAACAUAGGGGUGUGUGGGGAGGGAGGAAAUUACAAUUCCCGAAUAGUUCUUGCGUGGGGGGGAAGGGUAAUUGUGUUGGAGUAUGAACUCUCUAGUGGUCAAAUAAAGCCUGAGCCACAAAAACGAGCAACAUGUUUUGCAACAUUUCUGCAAAACAAGUUGAAAAGCGAUCUUGCGCUUUUUACCACCCACGUUCACACCUGUCCCGCAACAAAUCAGGUUGUUACAGGUUGACAAAAGUUUUUCCAAAGGUAGAGAACAGUUCCACAUUUCGAAGCAAAAUCUGUACAUGUUGACCGUUUUACCUACCAAAGGCAAACUUGCCUUGCAGCAAGAGUUGACGUAUAAACUCCCUCGUGGGGCGUGACUCCCAUGUAAUUUCAUCCAAUCAGAAGUCAGUAUUCAUGUAACUUGCAGCAACCUGUAGUGAUUUGUUGCAAGGCAGGAUUGAAAGAGGAUGGUAAAACGCGCAACAUCGCUUUUCAACUACUUUUGCAGUAAUUUAUCGAAACAAGUUGCACAUUUUUGUUGUCCCUUUUACCGUAGCUUUGGGGUUUCUAAUCUGUUUUUUGACGACCAUCCCGCCUCGUCCCCAGUCGCUCUCGAUCAGUUUUCCGGGGAUAUUUGAGUUAAUAGUGAGUUUACGCAACAGGACGGCAGGAAAAAAGGACGGCAAAACGCUCGUGUGUGACAAACGUGAUAGGACUAUUUCUUACGUGUUUUGUCGUGAUCUUCACUUAACAUUAAUAUUUUCUGGUCUUUUACAAAAAGGUCUUUUUAAAGGAAAGUGAAGUUUGGCGAAAAGUUAUUUGAAAGAAAAUUAUUGCCACUCUUGUCACACAAGGUUUGCCGUCUUCUUCCCUCUCCUGUCCUGUUGCGUAAGUUAUCUAAUUAUUAUGGAAAGCGGAGGCGACGCUGCACUCUUUCCCAUCAUCCCCCUCUCGCAGUUCUCACUUGGCUACUAAGCCCCAGGAAAGCCUGUGGGAGGAUGUAGGACGAGUAUCUAAAUUUCUUUUGUAUUGGAGUCCCAUCCGGGCAUUAAUCUCGUAAAUGUUCUUUUAGACUUGAGAUCAUCACCUGUCUUUACAGGUUUUCGGCAAUGAGAAAUUUCCCAAUGUUUAAUGUUACAGCUAAGAAUUAAGAAUCAGAUCAAGUUGUUCCUUCAAACAAGCAGCCGUCGACCACUUGAAUUAAUGUCAUCUGACUGAUUUAAGACCGUCUGAGAUUCCUAGUCUGCUAAAUAUUUUGAGAAAACAAGAAGUGCUAUUUAAAAACGGGCCUCGUAGUCUGUUUAAGCUUUGGAAACAUUACCGAGGCCAAGAGAUGAUUUCAGUAGUCAGUUGAGGGAAAGAGUACGGAGUCUUAAAGAAAUGUAGGGAAAAUUUAUCCGUGAUCUGACAAACAAAGUUAGCACGAGUAUGCUUACAAUUAGUCAAAAUCAUUUCAGAAACAUCUGGCAAAAGUAUUGCUUGGACACCAGACUCUGCCUGAAUAAAAAAUUGUUAAAGGUUUGCCUGUCCGAAACGCUAGGGCGAAAGCCUUGAUAGUUUAUGUCUUGUAAAAUUUGACUUACCAAGUGUCAUCCUUCAGGCCUGCACAAUGUUAUCAUCAUUGCCGAAAGUUUAGCCUGUAUGUGUGGCAGGCGUCGAAGGGGGAGGAGGAAGGGAAAAGCGAAAGAGAUUGCUUUUGAUUUUUUUGCAGGAGCAAGGGUGGCGCAGUUGAUUAGUUCGCGGCCUUCGGUGCGUGAGGUCCCGAGUUCGAUUCCCGGUGAUCAUCCUUGUUUCAACUUCUCUCCCUUCUGUGUAGCUUGAAGUAACUUCAAACACCCUUAAAACGAAGCAUUGAUGUUUAGAGGGGGUAAAACUGGAGCGCAUCGUCGACCUCAAGUUUAUCAGUUAUUAUUGUCACGAGUUAUCGACGUAAAAUAUAGUUGCUUUACCUUUUUCUUUCCUUCCUCCCUUCCCUUUUGGCGACUGCCACGCAGGCUUCCGAAAGUUACUUGUGUAUCUAUAGAACAAUAGUCAAUCAGCAAAGUAAAGAAACUUUUGCUUAAUUAAAAUAUGUUGAAGUGCGUUUCCAUUUUCUUCCGAUUUAGUAUCUCUUUUGUUUGACCUUUCCUUUUUUUUUUUGCUUUCGUUCAGGGUCCCGUUGGUACGAUGGGCACUCCCGGUAGAAGAGGAGCUGAUGUAAGUGAACUCUUUUUGUUUUUUAGUAAGGCCUAGAAAGAUCGCUGCCUUAUAUAUUAGAGAGUUUAAGCUUCACGUAUACAGCAAACGGCAAACGUCAGAUUCAAGUUGGGAAUUUCUCAAAACAGAAAAUAAGCGGAAUUGCGUGAAACUACUAAUUUAAGUGUAGAAAUAAUGAACCGUGAAAGACAUUAAUGGGGAUGCUCAGUUGGUCACGUGUUACAAAUUUGCGUUUGCCGUUUGAAGUAAACGUGAUGCUUAACCUCUCUGUUACCAUUUCCUGAGUACUCGCCAGUUUGAGAUGGAAUUUAAAUGGGCUGUGUCAUGGCUAUCUAGUUUAGUUUCUAAAUAAUGCCACUUAUGCGUCCCUGAUCGCUACGAAAGUAAAACAAAACUUCCUUGUAAAUGUCAAAUCGCAGCUUCGUGUCAAACAAAUGUCUCCCAAGCACUAUAUCAAACAAUUACCAACAACAAAAUUAAACUUUUGAACUGCGAGCAUUCUCUUAUCUUCCUUUUGAGACAAAGUAGAUCGCAAGCGGCGAGGUACGCUUAGUUUGCAUAAUUUUACUCAACAGGUUUUCAAAAACCAUAAUUGCAAUCCGUUUAAAUCUUCUACAAGUUUGUCCAUCCAUGUUUCCUUUUGUAUUUUCUGUGCUAUUUAUUCCUAUUUAAAAUGUUAUGAGCGCCAGUUAUUUCUAUAUUUUAAUCAAUUUGAUGGCAGCUCCCAUUGUUCUGAAUGUUGGCAAAUUUCAUGAUACCUUCUUCAAGCUAACAACGGUACAGUUUUCCCAUAUUAUCUCAUUUCCCAGAGGGAACUGCAUGAAAGGUCUCGCGUAAAUGUAAAAACCGUUGAGCGAGAUUCAACUUUCACGUUUACGCGCAGCUUUUCAUAAAUAGUCCAGUUUCGAGUUCGCUAUGACCGCUGAAUUCUGAAAGAAGUGAAGACGCAUUUUUUACAGGGUUAACCUCCAUCUGAAGUAAUAUAUUCACAAAUUCCAACGAGAAAAAGACCUGUUUUUCACUCUGUCUAUUGUAUAUUCAAAUAUCAAACACUUACUUGCCGGAAUUUCUGAAUAUUUUACUUUACAUUGUGGCUAAUUCUGUAUAAAUGUACCAUUAAUAUUUGUAUUCAGCGGUAAUUUUUAAUUCGAAACUGGACUAUUGUCUCUAUUUCAUUUACUCGCGAAAGAUUAACAUGUGUACACACGAAAAAUUAUGCAACAGUGCAAAUCCACCUUAACGUCUUGUUAAUUUAUGGAUUCAACUUAGGGUGAAACUGGAAAGCAAGGAACAGUGGGAGAAGCAGGCCCACCUGGAGAAGCGGUGAGUUGAUUCAGCAUAACUAACAUGGGUCAAUCUGAUCAUUAUUAUUAUUUUUUUGUUUUGUUUUUUGUUUUGUAAUUUCUAAUUUGGAUGGAAAAAUUGUCAUAUUUUUUAUGAUUACCAAGUUUGUGACCUACAGUUUUGAGUGAAAAACUCACAGCAUUCCGCGUUGACACUCCCGGCUAUCUAAGAAACUGGAAGCAAUAAGAUUCAAAGAUGACAAAGUUACUGAUCGCUAGUCGUCCUCUCACUCUGCUGUCAAGAAUCUCUUCGAAACCUUUAAAUUCAUUCGUUCUUCCAGACGCGAAGCUUUAUUGUUUCAAAGCUAUGGUCCAUUGUUUCUGCUGCCUUUUCGGACUGUUCUUUCACUCAAUCUUGUCAGUUGUUCCCGAGGCUUCCAGGAGGGGCUAAGCGUAGCAUUAUGAGUCGCCAUAUUGAUCAAGCCAGAUCAAGCUAAACAGCUUUACCUUCUGCUGUGUCGUAAUCUCGUUCUUGCCUAAUCCCUUUACGGCGUCUUCCGAGACCUUCUCGGUCAAUACAUUUUGGUAACCGGUAUCCGAGACGAACGGCCGCUAGAAAAAAACUCGCUCGGAUCACGUUAUCCGAAACGCAUAAGCCGCGCGGAAUAAUGAGGCCUAGGGACUAGGCAAAUCCCGUUUCACCUUAAACUAGAGAGAAGCUGCAACGAAACUAAGAAUGUUCGAGCCACUGCUUUGCAUUUCCCAAAUCUCUUCUAUCGUAGCAGCCUCUCUCCAAGUUCAUGUUGGACGUAAUAAGUUCAUAUCAGAAGCUGCUAAGUGUGUUUCAAAAUGGCGCUAAGAAGUGGCGUAUUUUAAAUACCAUUUGGUUCGGUUCGGAUGCACAUCGCAGUUAGAAAACGAUGAGAGCGUCGUUUUUUAUUUCUGACUAGCGAAAAAUCUUCCUUUUCCCUUUCCCUUUUAAAAAGCACCCAGUUAACGAUUUAUCUCCGAUUACAAAUUUCCGUGUCUUUUUGUGAAUUGCUUUUUGUCUCAAGUUCUUUUUUUUGUAAACUCGGGGACUUUCUAGAAGUCUUAAAACUCUCCUAAAAUUAUCUUGUAAAUGCUCUUGCGCUAUCUCAGAGCCUUGCAGAAUGUUUCUUAAUGACUUGCUAUGACCAUAGCUAUGCUGAAAAACCCAAUGAUUAAAUCGUACUAUGGCACUACUUACUUCAACUACUCUGUUAGACUCUUCCGCAUAUUUUGAUCAACUUGUAAUCAGAUAAUGUGAGUAGGGGUGCACUUCAUACUACAGUGGCUAAAAUACACUAUUGUUUGAAAUUUUGUUUGAAUCAGGGAACUCCCGGAACACCAGGGCUACCUGGAAAAAGAGGCCGAAGUGGACAAGAUGUAGGUUCUCGUUUAGUUAAUUUUAGACUUACGUUACCACAUCUAAGAAGACUCCACUAAAGGAAUCGCGUGGUAAAGACUGUAGCUUGUUUAUUUUCCACAGAAAAUGUGGGAGAAAGCUGAUGUUUUUAUGUGUACUAUACUCGAUCUCUUUGUCGAGAUCUGAGUAAGUCCUCUAUCUUAAUCCUCUGGCGAUGUCUUUGAGGAAAGUGCAUUAUUCUCCAAUGGAACGACUGCGAGAUUACCUAGUUAGAUUAUAGCUGCUAAUUUUCCAAACACUUCCCAAACAGUAGUUUUAGCUGUCAGUUUGUUUAGGACCAUUUUGGUUGCUAGAUUUAGUUAUGUUAGGUCAAUUGUUUUUAUGAGGUAAAAUACUGGUUAUAGUAGUUACCCCCAAAGGUUCUAGAAAUACCAUAGUGGAAAACUAUGGAUUGUGUAGAGGCGAACUGCGAUUUUACCGCAGUAAGGAAAAAGGCCCCAAUGAUAUUUUCUCUUUCUGCAGGGAGCGCCAGGGCUUCUGGGUGAUCCAGGCGAAGCAGGAGACCCAGGAGAAUCGGUGAGUGAAUACAAUCAGAAUUUAGUUUGCAAUCCAGGAGGUCAAUGUUGUUACAUAUCCAGAUUACAAUCUUAUAAAUAAGCAUACGUGCGUCUGCAAAGGUACCAGAUCGUGGUUUUAUUGUUUUGAUUAGGGUCCACGUGGACUGGCUGGAUUUCGUGGAUUACAGGGGAUAAAAGGAGACAGGGUAUGUACUAAUGCUGUAUUAAUAGAAUUUCUAAAUUUCAAAUUUCUAGAUGGCUGUUCCAUUCAUGUACAAUUUUCGAAACUUAUUUAAUAAAUUUCCUACCAUUUUCUGAAGCUUAAUUUUUGACAUUUUACUCCUCAAGUAAUGCUGUUUUUCGUAGAAACGGGAAACCUAAAAUUUUCGGAUUCAAAAAUGUGAUUGAGAUAGGAGUCAGACAAAUUCUCAGGUUCGUAAAGCGAUCAAUUGCGCCUAAAACUUCCGGGAAAAUAAUACUGAAGCCCUAAUAAUUUCGAAAAGACUGUAAGUGAUGACCAAACAGAUACAAAUUUUAUAGCGCCGCUUUGAAUGUAUUUCUAGAGAUCUAAAAGUACUCCGGACAGGCUAAAAUGUGUUUUCAACGUAUUUAGGAGGUAAUCAUCGUUGGGUGCCCCUGCCUCAUCACUGUGAUAUAAAUGUUCUGUAAACUGAAUAAUAACCCGUGUAUAAAUAGAAAUAUAAGGAAAGGUGUAGUAUAGAACAAAUAAACUGAAGGAAUAAACGAAAAAAAAUUAAAAUCACAUAACUGACGGUAAAGAUAUAUCCGACACUGAUAACGAUACAUAAACUAAGCUUCGAAUGAAGGUUUCAAGCAGGGCGGAUAAAAGUCCCUGGUUACAAGCGUUAAAAAGUAACCGCUGGCCCUAAAUCAGUCAAAACAGGUGUCAUACUUAGUGUGCCUUGUAACAAUUGAUUUUCAGGGAGAACAAGGAGAGCAAGGAGAACAAGGGGACAAGGGAUCAAAAGGAGCCCGGGUAUGCAUUAUUUUAAUUCAAGUUUGGUCGUUUUCUUCUUUUUGCCAUCCCAUUUUGUAAUUAACAAGCCAAAAGCGGAGCAAGCAACUUCCACGCGCUCGACACGUCACGGCGUUUUCACGGACCAGUUUAUUUUUAGAACGGUUUUGGCGCGAAUUUUGAAUAUCUUUUAAAUUCCAAAAACCAGUCAGCAAAACCUACAGAUGUAAAAAUGAUAUAUAUUUUUUGCCUUUUAAUAACGUUUAGUUUUCCUUUUUGACAUCUUAUACUUCGAAUUCGCUCAUAGACAUGGUGGAGAUUCUCUUUUCGCGAGAAAGUGCCCUAAAAUGUGUCUAAAAAUAAACUGGUCCGUAAAAACGCCGUUACGUAGGAAAAGUAUGGGAGUUGUUCGCUCUGUUUUAUGGGCUCCUGCAAGAUAACUGAACAACCUUUUUCCUUGGGCAGCGUUCACACUGCUGCCGAGGCGUGGUGCCCGAGUAUGGUACUCGCUGGACGCUAAUGUAAACACACCGGUGCCCGAGUAUAAGGUCGAGACUCUGUACUCGCUUUCUAUUUCCAGCUAAGUCCAUGUUUCAAAAUGGCGUCUGACAAGGGGAGAAGGAGUAAGUAUGUGCACAGUUACAUAUCGAGUGCUCAAGGUGUGAGCGCAAUGCCAUUUUGUGCCGGUACGUGCAGGCGAUCGGCACUGUGGACAGCCACUAAGACAGUUUAGUUCUCUUUAGUUUUCUUAGUAACCCUUUAUCACAAUUGGCUUUUUCUGUCACAGUUUUUGGAUCUUUUAGAAAUCAAAGUAUUUGAAACACACUGUAUAUUACGACAAACAUAUUUAAAGCCACUCCCGCAAUAAUUUUUUUUAUUCGCCCUCUCGUGUUUUAAUUUGGGACCGAAGUACUUAGGUUGUAGCUCACGGCAGGAUCCUGCUUUAAGCCACCAGGAUACUAAAAGCUAUUUGUGUCAUUUUUGCAGGGAACUCUCGGGCAGCCAGGGACUUCUGGACGUAAUGGAAGAGACGUGAGUAAUACCAACAUGAUUUCUAACCCUGCUAUUUAUUUAUAUAUUUUUUGAAUUAGCACGUUUAUAAUGUAGGUGGCGUUGUAUUGAAAAUAUAAGAAACUAUUAUACAUGUAUUUAGGGUUCCCAGCUUGAACACGAUGUAAACGUUUUUGGUAUCAUAGCGAGAAAAAAAUUUCAACGGGUGAAAUUUACAGUGAAUCUUUGAAGGUGUGAAGUAUUUUUUCGGAAUGAAACCACUUUCACACGAAUAAAAUCAUCGAGAGUCUCACAAUUUGACAAACGUUCACGUGAAAAAAGGGUUCUUAAAAAAAAGCAAGCUUCCAGUUUAUUAAAUUUUUUAAAAUCGACUAAAAAUUCUAGUAACAAAUAUUAUCUCGUUGACUUUAUUUUUUGUCUAGAGUUGUGGCCUACUUUGUUUGCUUUCCUUAGGGUCAACGAGGUCCCAGAGGACGACCUGGAGUUCUUGGCGAAGCAGGUCCAAUUGUAAGCAAAAAACUCCAUAACGUCAGCAACAUGUACUUUAGUUGGUUAAUACUGUGUAUGGAGUUUGACGUCCUCUCUCUUUUCAACAGGGUAGACAGGGUGCGCAGGGCAAACAAGGUCGGGAAGGGACAGCGGUAAGCACCUGUCUCUACUCAUUUAUGGAUCUAAGUUUAAAAGUUAAAAGAUGUUGCCAGGAGAGAGCUUUAAAAUAGUUUUUCAUUGAGGUAUAUAAUCUCUUGCGACAAGAAUACAGCACAUACAUGGCUACAUCCGCUGGUAUAAAGUAGAAUGAAGCAAGGGGCACUUUCCAUUCAACAAUAAUUCUGGUUUGAAAUUUCACGUGCACAGUGGAAUGGUACAUUACGGUUACACAGACCCGACCCAAGCCACCGCGUGUUUUGUUAUUGUUCUUUCAAAAAAAAAAAGCAGGAUGCCGAAGAACGGUUUUCGGGUCAGCAAUUUUGUCAAAUGGAAAGGGACGAACUAAUGAAUUGACUGGACCAGUUAAAGUGGACAACCUUCAAAGAUGGUCUCGAAUAUUUCCGGUCGGACUGAACCGGAAAAAUCCAUUCCAUUUGAUUUCUAUCUGAAAUUUACGGAUUUGUGGGCUGGAUAGAAAGCCCCUAAGUGUUAUUCCUGUCUUUGAAAAUUGACACAGUCCUACAGUUUGCGAAUAAUAGUGGGCAGACUACAGCUUCUGGUCAAUUUUUAUCACAACGCUAUCAUCGUGAUGUACACGUCUGCAAGUCACUUGUGACAUAUAAUUCAAGCUUAUUUAUCUAUUAUAGGGUUUACCUGGGGAGUCAGGAGAACAGGGCCCUGCUGGAAGAGGUGGAAAUAAGGGAGAUCGUGGACCCCAAGGUCCUCAGGGACCGAUAGGUCCAACAGGAGAGCAGGGGCCUGAAGGACCUGUUGGAGAGGUCGGAGAGCCUGGGGAACCAGGCCUCCCGGGUGAGGAUGGUAGCCCCGGGCUCAAGGGUAACAUGGUAGGUAAUUUGUUGCAGUCUAGUAGUACUGUAAUAAUGUAUAGAUUUAGCAGGGGUUAAAAACGAAGCGAAGCUCUUUUUAAUAUUUAUAGAUUCCUCAAAGAUAAUAUAAAAUCGAGUAACACUAAAGACAAGUUGAAAGCAACGAGAACGGUAAAAACAACAACAAUAGAUCUAAUUAGCAAAAAACAACUUUGCACGUGCAGUACACUUUUUUUUUUACAUUUCCUUUCCCUUGUUUUGCACGACUAAAACGUGAAACUUCUUUUAGCUUCCUAUUUACGCGUUUUAUGGAGGAAAUGUUUGUGUUCCUUUUCACUCUGUUUUUUUUUCCCUUCCGCUCAUUUUCACUUUGGUAGCCGCUAGCAUUUCUCAUUUUCUAACCGCCGCUAUAUAAUUUUCAUGUUUUUUUUUUCCAACGAAAUUAGUCUCCGUUGUUAUUUAUUUCUUGCUCUUAACUCUUUCCCUGUUAUCUAAGUUGAUGUAGACAUUAAAAUUUAGUGGAAAGAAAGACUCGUAUUGUUUUUUUUUCCUCUAAAAGCCCGGGCGGUCGUGUAAUUUACCGCCGAAACGAGCGAGGUGCUGGAAAUGAAAAAUUUCACCUCAGCCAUAACAUACUCCUCCCCCGACGGGCUGACACUUGUGAUUCCCUUCCCUCACCUCCAAAGAGCUGUCCGGUCGGACGGAGGGAGUACGCUGACGUCAUAACCAAAUUUUCUCGGAUGGGCAGAUAACUAAAUUUUCUUACCCAUGGUGCUCCGCACGUUUUGCGCGCAAGAGCUCCGCUAUAUAUGACCAAAUAACCAGUUUCAUUGAAUCUUCAAUGUUUCGUGUUUGUUAAUGUCUUUUUUACGUGGUGCGUGUCCUGAGAGCUAGCUGUGGUAUAUCUCUUUUAAAUGUAUUUUCUAUCGGUUUUCUUUCAGGGAUCUACUGGGCCAAUGGGUCCUCCUGGUGAUACAGGCAGCAAAGGAACAGAAGUAAGUGGCCUUUUGAAACGAGGUUUGUUGAAACUGCACGUCGAAUUUAAGAAACAAAAAAGACGGCAUUUUUACAAGGAUGAGAUGAUUCAGAAACAGGGAGAAUGGGUACAAGCUUUGAAUGGUUGGUCGAUGUAUAGACCUAUUCGGCUAACUCAAUGUUGUACCCAAUUCAAAUCUCCGGGGGUUAAGAUUCUUUGUGUAUUGUAUUUGCAUUAUAAUGUGGCAUUCACAUUUAAAUGACAUGGAAAUUCCUGAAACAAAACGUUUUAACCCCAAAGGGUUUGAAUUGGGUACAACAUUGAGUUAGCCGAAUUGGUCUAUUCAAGGCAGCCAUUCACUAAUUAGACUACGAGUAGUCGCCUUUCCUCGCGUGGGGUGAUUUUCACGCCCGCUCGCGUUUCGCUCGCUCUACUAUCCCUGAGGAAAAAUGGGGGACUACUUGUAGUGUAUUCACCAAUCAUAGGUAACGCUUGUCCACCCAAACGAUCCCACAAAUCGUUGCGCCGAAAGCUUGUAUCCAUUCCCUUAAAGUUUCUGGAGUGGGGAUUAUUAGUAGCCUUAGUAACGAUAUAACGGGCUUCUGAUAAUAUACAAACAUAACAUGACGUGCCUGUAAUAGGCUAAUUUGUCGGAAAUAAUUUUUUUCUUUAGCCCUGUAUGAGAACAGAACCAAUUUAACAAGUUAAAUGGAUUGGUUUGGCGAAAGCGGAUAUUGACUAUCUUUUGAAGUCAAAGGUGUUAUAUUUUUAUUUAAAUUCAAAUCACAUUUAUAUAUUAAAUUGUUCUCAAUUUUUUUUUUAUCGAACAUUAUGCAUUUAUGAGACUAUAUUGUAUUAGAAGAACUAUCGUAAUAUUUUUUAAAUUUUAUUCUGUCUGAUUAUACUACCCCACAAGCCUUUCCUUAACAUUUUUUUCAUGCCUUAAUGUGAAGAAUACGAUUCUCGGGUUUUGCUUCAGCAAAAUGUACAUUCACGUAAGGCUCUAAUUUGUUCCACGCGAAAAGACUUCUUUCAUAGAACAUUUUAACGUCAUGUUUCUAAUUUUAUACGUCAUAUUUCAUUUUACAGGGUAUUGCUGGAGAACCUGGACGAGCUGGUGAACCUGGAGAUACAGUAAGUAUUUUAAACUGUUUUUUAGCUUAAAUGAUUGAUCUUGUAAACGCCAGGUUCUUGCUUAAAAUAAAGGUGUCACAAAUGUCGUGUUCAGCUUUGAAAAUCCACUCUCCUCUUCGUGGCGUACUUCAUUCGCUGAUGGUGCAAUAAAUCAUGCGAAGUUAACAAAACAGAUGUGGAAGGGGAGGUGGGUGGGGGGGAGAUAGGGGGCUGGGCUAAGUGCCUUUUCUUACAAUUUAACUAUAGCAUUCUUAUAAUAUCAGUUACCUCCCCAGUUCAAGUUACACGUGAACAACCAUGUACCAUUUCGAAAAGAAACAGGGUGCAAUUUUUCUAUCACUCAGGAAAAUUAACUUGUCUUACCUUUUUUCACAGGGUGCUGUAGGACGACCUGGUCCAAUUGGUCAAACAGGGUCAAAGGGCAGUCAUGUAUGUUAGAGCGUGCUAUGAACUCUCCUUUCUCUAGGGACUUUAAGAUUCAACGACGCGACGGAAACGAGAACGUCUAAAAAAAGCAAUAGUUUUAAUAAGCAAAACAACAACUUUGCACGCUUUUUUGUACAUUUCUUUGCCGUUUUUGCACGACUACGACGUGAGAAUGCAAAAUUUCAUGUUUUAUGGGGAACGUAAACAAGGAACGACGAAAUCUUAUUUCGCUUUCCUUGAAUAUGGUCCCUUGGAAUUCAAAUUCAGGAGGGUUCGCGUACAUUUGACAAAGUAGACCCAAAGUAAGUAGGAAUACUGGCGUUAAUGACUGAAAGAACGCAAAUUCACCUUUUAAGUGACGUUCUAGUUGGUGUCGCGUCUUUGAAUCUUAAAGUCCCAAGUAACUACCGACCGCCACGGCAAGUCCGGAUCGAGAAAUAGCGUGACAGAGAUCAGCAUAUUAAAAACCGAGGUCACGCUAUUUUACGUUAAGCCAGUAGAUGAUAUAGCUUCUGCUCUUACGGAAGUAGAAGGAAACUUUCCUCUGCCAAGAUAUUCUUUCAAACUUCCCUCUUCAGGAUUGUAAACUCACGUUCAUCAUGACAACGUUCUAAAUCACUCUCCAUCUUCUAAAAAAAUAGUGUCGUAGUGAUGAAACUCGAGAUAAGUAAUGUUUGAGAAUGUUUACGAAAAGCUUUAAGGUUGUGUUUUUGCGUGAAGAGCCGUGAGCAGUUCGGAAUCUAAGUCCCGAUCGUAGAGCCAAUUUCAGAGUAUGCGUCUGCAGCGUUUAGCAUGAAUACUGAACAGCAAAUAACAACAAUAAUGAGGACUAUUUUUCACCCUCACUCGGAUCCUGUCUACAGUACGGAGACAAAAAAACAGCGCCUUUGGGCUCAUUUCCUUAGCGGUGGUUGUUAACGACCUUGCCUGUUACUCUUCUCUUUUAAUUUUAAACUUUUAAGAGAGUGUCUCUGUAAGAGCGGUCCGGUCGAUUUUCCUUGAGACACAGAUUUAGCUCAUUUCUUGUGUUUUGUAAGACAUUCAUGUACCUAUACUAAAACCACAAUCCGUUUGAUCAGAUCUCUUUAUUUUUCAGAGUUUUACGGAAAUUAAAUUUCGCUCGACCGAAGGCCUGUCGUGACACUUUUCAAGACGUUCAUUUGAGGCAACUUUGCCGGACAAUUUACAACAAACUACGGGACUCAGCAAAAAACAAAUACCACAGCCAUGUAUAUUAACUCUAUCUUAUCCAUCGAGGCGACUUUCGUGAACAUCACGUUUCAAUCAAGCAAACAGGAAGACUUGAACGACACCUUAUCGGUUCGCUUAAGUCACACACGCGAAAACCGAUCAAAUUCAAGGUACAUUUUUGAAAAAGUGAGGCGUUCUUAACUGAUCCAACUAAUAUAGCUAGGAAGUAGGUGCCAUAGAAAAGGUAACUAAAGAAAAAAACUUUGCGGCCCGACCUUUACUAAAACUUUAUAACUCCGUGAACUUACCUAAUUUUCGGCAAUCUCCAAGUUUUGCCGCCAUUUUGCGGUACUUGUCAACAUGAAGCGUAGCAGAUAUAAAUCGAGCAGGUAGAUCUAAAACAGUCAGAAAUACGUACGAAAGCAUUUAAAUGAACUUCACGUUCAAUUCAAGGCGCAAAAUUUGAAAUUGUUCGUUAAACCUACCAUUCCUACAUCCCCAUGCGACCAUUUCUUCCAACAAUUCAAACACUACAACUAGUGAUCACUAGUGUUCGAAUUUCCCUUGUCGAUUCCACCGUAAGAAAUAACCUGUGCCACCCAAGCUUCGAUUCGAAUAUGAAGUACGAAUCAAACAACAUAACUGCGUCAUCUUCGAGGCCAUAUCACGCUGGUAUUUUGAUUUUCUGAUCGACAAGAACGGUGAUCCGGAGUUGAUCGCCAUGUUUACCUCAUAAAGCUGACCGCUGACCAGCCGCUGAGUGAAAACAGUACGCCGCGGGGUGGUGUGGGUGGCGGACUUAUCGUGAUAAGAUAUUCGAAUACACGCUAAAAAAGCUUUAGGACUCUCAGUCUAAACAGUGAAGGCAUGCUUCGUGGUACAGACAACUUUUAUUUUAUUCUCAUAACUUAUUCCUUUAAAUUAGAACUGGUAUUAAUUGAUAGAGUUAUUUAAAUAUUUUUAACCGACGUACCCAUACGACUUUUUUGCUUGACCUGAGUGGUAUAAAAUAAGGUGUCUUUUCUUCAAGAACCUUUUAUUUAUGCGUUAUUGCACGGAAUGAACACUAUACUUAGAGGGUUUGUUCUAAAUCAUUUUGCUGUUCCCAAGAAUGUUUGCAAAAUCAUAGCUUUACACAAAGCUGAUUCUAAAAUAUGAGUUUCCGUAACAGUAACCAAUGUCAUUUAGGUAAGGUGUUAAUAAAACUAGCAAUGUACAAUUUUUAGAGUUUUCCACUUAUAAGACUGACAUACAAUUGUCAAGUGAACUAUGUUAGUUUGAACUCAUUCGAUUCCUUGAUUUGAUGUGACAUUUUAUCUCUAAACCCCAUUCUUUUCAUUUGCAAUUUUCCUGUACUUUUUUUUUCAUAUGACAACGACAAAGAGUUUUAUAAGUAAACCGAUUUUUUGGUGUACCGCGCUUAUUACAUUUUAUAUUCAAAUACAUGGAAAAGGCCGGCUAAAUAAGCUCCUCCUCCUGCUCCUAAUUUUUUGGGCUGCCUUCGCCCGAUGCCUCUGACGACUCCCUGUCGGCUAAAAGGAAAUUUGAAAGACUGCUAUGCAGGACACAUUUUCUUUUUCUUCAUUUUCAUUUUCCCUGUACAAUUUUUUAUAAGUAUGUAAAGAUAUAAAAAACACAAAGGUUUUUACAAGUAAACUGUUUUUUUUUGUCCCACUCUUAAUAUAUACAUAUACUUUGUUCUCGCAAAAUGGUGGCUAAGAACGGCUGAAUAUAUACCUACUUGGAAAUAAAACGAUGCUGUUUGGUUUCCCGUUAAAACAUUACGUAGGAGUGACGCGUGUCCGUUCAAAUUGUGACAAAACCACCUCACAAAGUCAAAGCAAAAGAGAAAAAAGUGUAAUUUUCAUAGCCAACUUACAAUCUCUCCAUUUUAGACAGCUACAAGGGCCAUUGGGUCACUGCUUGAUGGUGUAAUUAUCCUUCCACUGAGCACUGGAAUUCAUGGGUCAUUUCCUUUAUUUUUGACAUUAGAACAGCUUUGAAAUCUCUAGAUUUAAGCUGGGUUGAAAAAUCCUCAUCCCUUACCCUUUCAGAAGACGACAGUACCAAUGUUAUCGAGAGACAGGGUAGCGAACCUCUCCAGUCGAAUUUAAGUGAAGGGUGGGCACUUCAUAAGCCAAAAGGUGGCGCUGUUCGCUUCUAAGAGAAAGUAAGGGAGUAUCUCACCUCCAAGUUUGAAAUUAGUGAGCAAUCUGGAAGGAAAGAGGAUCUGCGACAAGUCUCGCAAGAUAUGAGGAAAGCGAAGGGGGAAAACAGGGAGGGCCUGUUUUCCCGGGAAGAGUGGCUGACCAAAGCCCAAAUACAAGGAUUUUUCUUCCCUUUGUCCUCCUCGAGAUGGAGACGGGUAGGUUAGUCUCCGAGCACCGCGGUUGACGAUAAAUCUGACGAGGAAUUAAUUGACGAGGAAGAAGUGAAUCACAUGACCACCGUCGAAUCAGUUGUAACAGAAAUUGGCUUAACGCAUCCGAUUGUCUAUGACAUUUAUGACUUGUGUGACUACGUCAAGGAGGGAAAAUUGAACUAUUUUACUGUUUCCAUGCUUAAGGAAAUCUGUACUUUCUUCGAGCUUAUUUAGCCGGCCUUUUGCGUGUAUUUGUAUAUACAAUGUGAUAAGCGUGGUACACCAAAAAAUCAGUUUACUUAUAAAACUCUUUGUCGUUGUCAUAUGAAAAAAAAAGUACAGGAAAAUUGCAAAUGAAAAGAAUGGGGUUUAGUGAUAAAAUGUCACAUCAAAUCAAGGAAUCGAAUGAGUUCAAACUAACAUAGUUCACUUGACAAUUGUAUGUCAGUCUUAUAAGUGGAAAACGCUAAAAAUUGUACAUUACUAGUUUUAUUAACACCUUACGUAAAUGACAUUAGUUACUGUUACGGAAAAAUCAUAUUUUAGAGUCAGCUUUGUGUAAAGUACGGAAGCCGAUAAGGGACAAUCCCAAAAUAUUAACGAAAUCCGAAAAAAAUAUUUCAAAUCGUAAUGUCUUUUGGAAAUCAUCGUUGAAGAGUUUAUCAAAUCUGAAAAACUAUUACAAAUCCUAAUAAAAUUAUUGAAUCCACAAAUAUUAUUUUGUAAAUCCGAAAUAAGUUUACAAAUCCGAGAAUUGUCGCUAAAUCCUGAAAAAUAUUUUGGAAAUCCAAAAAAUUAUUUUGUCACGUGUUACUUGCGCCAGCAGUCUGCUACCAACAGCGGUUUGCCCCACCCAAAAUGGCGGAGUUUUGUUCGACUCGUACUCAUCGUGAACCCUGGAGGCAAAUUUUGCUUCAAAUGUGGUUCCAAAGUUGCAGGGAUUUCACAUCCGAGUGCAAGAAUAAGUACAUUCGAAGAUGAGCGUGCUUCGUCCUCUUCAUCUCUUCGUCCUCUUCCCUAGCUUACAAGCCCCCAGGGAGGAGGGGCGGGUGUGGGUUAAUAUAUUUUGUCACGUUUCGCUAAUGACACUGGAGUAUGUUCAUUAUGUAUGAUUCGUGUUAACUGUAGAAGUACUUAAAGCGUGCUUGCAGGUAUGAUUAAUCCCUAGGGGCUUGUAAGCUAUCAAGAUUUUAUAAGUUAUGCAAGAGCCACACGAAGGCAUCUCUUUCAACUUUGCUUUAUUGUUCAUUCACUGCUGUAAUUUCUUUAUGGUGAUGUGUAAAACGUUCGCUGUAUCAAUAAACGAGAUUCCCGUUCCUGAUACCUUGUUUAGUUGAGAUUAGUUAUAAAAUAUUUAGUCAGAUUUUAUAAUGGUUUUGGGUGAUUCAAGUAUAAAGAGUUUGUAAUCGUUUACAAUAUAACACAAAGUACGAUGUCAGUUCUUCCAUAAAUGUGGCAGAGAGUUUGAGAGCAAUGGAGUAUUCUGUCGGCAGUGUGGAACAAUAAAGAGACAUCAACAGGAAAGUCUGUGCAGUUCGGCAGAGAAGAGGCUGGUAAUAGAACAUUACUUUGAACUGAGGGGAUUUAGGUACGAUACCAUUGUCCACUCGCUGAGCGAGUACCAUGAGAUCUAUAUGAACGGAGGUACUUUGAAAACUGAACUGGAUCCUGGGUCUUGGAUCGUUAACGUGUUAUUUUUGAAACCGGCCUAGUUGUUUGGUUUGUUAAACUUAGAUCCUCUGCGUUCUUCCGCUUUGGAGGUGAAGUAUUGUGAUAAUGACUUCGAAGAUGACGAGGGAGAAGCACGCUCAUCUUCGAAUGUACUUAUUCUUGCACUCGGAUGUGAAAUCCCUGCAACUUUGGAACCACAUUUGAAGCAAAAUUUGCCUCCAGGGUUCACGAUGAGUACGAGUCGAACAAAACUCCGCCAUUUUGGGUGGGGCAAACCGCUGUUGGUAGCAGACUGCUGGCGCAAGUAACACGUGACAAAAUAAUUUUUUGGAUUUGCAAAAUAUUUUUCAGGAUUUAGCGACAAUUCUCGGAUUUAUAAACAUGUUUCGGAUUUACAAAAUAAUAUUUGUGGAUUCAAUAAUUUUAUUAGGAUUUGUAAUAGUUUUUCAGAUUUGAUAAACUCUUCAACGAUGAUUUCCAAAAAACAUUACGAUUUGAAAUAUUUUUUCGGAUUUUAAAAACAUUUUUUCGGAUUUCGUAAAUAUUUUGGGAUUGUCCCUUAUCGGCUUCCGUAGUAAAGCUAUGAUUUUUCAAACAUUCUUGGGAACAGCAAAAAUGAUUUAGAACAGACCUUCUAAGUAUAGUGUUCAUUCCGUGCAAUAACGCAUAAAUAAAAGGUUCUUGAAGAAAAGACAACUUAUUUUAUACCACUGAGGACAAGCAAAAAGGUCAUAUGGGUACGUCGGUUAAAAAUAUUUAAAUAACUCUAUUAAUUAAUACUAGUUUUAAUUUAAAGGAAAAAGUUAUGAGAAUAAAAUAAAAGUUGUCUGUACCACGAAGCAUGCCUUCACUGUUUAGACUGAGAGUCCUAAAGCUUUUUUAGCGUGUAUUCGAAUAUCUUAUCACGAUAAGUCCGCCACCCACACCACCCCGCGGCGUACUGUUUUCACUCACGCAGCGGCUGGUCAGCGGUCGCCUUUAUGAGGUAAACAUGGCGAUCACCUCCGGAUCACCGUUCUUGUCGAUCAGAAAAUCAAAAUACCAGCGUGAUAUGGCCUCGAAGAUGACGCAGUUAUGUUGUUUGAUUCGUACUUCACAUUCGAGUCGAAGCUUGGGUGGCACAGGUUAUUUCUUACGGUGGAAUCGACAAGGGAAAUUCGAACACUAGUGAUCACUAGUUGUAGUGUUUGAAUUGUUGGAAGAAAUGGUCGCAUGGGGAUGUAGGAAUGGUAGGUUUAACGAACAAUUUCAAAUUUUGCGCCUUGAAUUGAACGUGAAGUUCAUUUAAAUGCUUUCGUACGUAUUUCUGACUGUUUUAGAUCUACCUGCUCGAUUUAUAUCUGCUACGCUUCAUGCUGACAAGUACCUCAAAAUGGCGGCAAAACUUGGAGAUUGUCGAAAAUUAGGUAAGUUCACGGAGUUAUAAAGUUUUAGUAAAGGUCGGGCCGCAAAGUUUUUUUCUGUAGUUACCUUUUCUAUGGCACCUACUUCCUAGCUAUAUUAGUUGGAUCAGUUAAGAACGCCUCACUUUUUCAAAAAUGUACCUUGAAUUUGAUCGGUUUUAGCGUGUGUGACUUAAGCGAACCGAUAAGGUGUCGUUCAAGUCUUCCUGUUUGCUUGAUUGAAACGUGAUGUUCACGAAAGUCGCCUCGAUGGAUAAGAUAGAGUUAAUAUAUAUGGCUGUGGUAUUUGUUUUUUGCUGAGUCCCGUAGUUUGUUGUAAAUUGUCCGGCAAAGUUGCCUCAAAUGAACGUCUUGAAAAGUGUCACAACAGGCCUUCGAGCGAGUGAAAUUUAAUUUCCGUAAAACUCUGAAAAAUAAAGAGAUCUGAUCAAACGGAUUGUGGUUUUAGUAUAGGUACAUGAAUGUCUUACAACACACGAGAAAUGAGCUAAAUCUGUGUCUCAAGGAAAAUCGACCGGACCGCUCUUACAGAGACACUCUCUUAAAGUGCUACUGCGACGAAAAUCGCAGUCUUUCUAAACGAAAUUUUUGGGCUCGAACUUAAUGUUUGGACUUAAAACUUCACGAAAAAAUGUAAUUCAGACCAAUCUGACGAAGCGGUUCCCACAAGAAAGAUGCCUGAAAGUGGGAAAAAUGGGUCCGCCAUUACAUAAACAACAAAUGUCCGAGUCAAAGGGGAGGGAUUGGAUCGAGGUCGCCUGUGACGUCAUCUUAUCCCCAAAACUCACCACCAUCUCGCUACAAACUUCUAGCGUGUUAUUGUGGUGUCGUCUGUUCCGUGUUCUUCGUCCAUUUCUUCGAAAGACAGAUCUGAUUUUAAACAGUCGAACAGAAAGAUAUUUUGGACGGCAAUGGAACUGCUUUUAUCCCGUACGAUGAAGGUUUGGAGCCAAACGCGACCGUAGAAGCCGCCGCCGCAUUCGAGGAAAGCGUGAUUCUUGAAGAAGAUCGUAAUCUCGAGCUCCAAAGACAUUUUACUGGUGAAAUAGGCGCAUGGUAGGUAUUACUCCGAUUGAGUUUUUUUGUCGUUUUUUGUUUUUUUUUUUUUCAUCGUACUGCGUUCCUGUUGUGAUGUAAUUUGCUCACAGCAGAAGGGAACCCAGUACAAGUAUCUAAAUUCUCUAACUUUGUGAAAUAAAAACAAUACUGAACGGAGCACAUGUCUUUUUUUGUUUGUUAAGUGCACUUGUUCGAACGAUGGUCCGUCGCCAUCAGGUCCCAUCACCACCAAAACGGAGGAGUGUAUUUGCUGCAAAGAAAUGGACCGUGUAAGGGAAGUAUGGGUAAAGUAGAACGGGAAGGUGACUGCAUUUAAUACUCUUCAUGAAUCAUCCCGGUUUUCAGGAUGUUUGCCUGAACCGAUGGCUUCUUCAAGUCGCAUCGCUUAAUCUGAAGACGAAAACUGGAAAAAGUUACUGAAAUUUGUUCGCUCAAGGUCUUAAAACGGAAUCAGAGUAAUUUAUUCACUCCUUGUUGUUUAUUUUGUUGUUAUUCGUCCUCUUGCUGUAGUGGUUGAAGUCACAUGUUGUUCACCUGGGUGUCUUGUAGGUGAACCUGAAAUAUCUAUUUAUUUGGUAAAUAAGGUUGAAUUAUACUCAAACUCUUGUUGACGAAGAAAAUAUAAACUCCUAGCAGUAUAGACUUAUUUUUUUUCUUAUUAAUUUUGUAGAACCCUGAAAAAAUUACUAUAAUUUGCCCAAAACUCCUAUAUAAAAUAAAGGAAAUAAAACAAGGAGUGUACACCAUUUACCUCACUGCAUGAUGAGAAAGAACAAGCUACAAUAAAAAACAAAAUCAAACAGUCCAACAUACAAACAAGUAGAAAAGACCAAACUGGGGAUGGACUGAGUACAAAUUUUCUAUUUCUUUAUAGGUUUCUCCGAUCAGUGUUCUACAGACAAUUUACUCGACUUGUUUGGGAUUUUGUUGGAAGUUUCAAGCCUUAUCCAUACCCAUGUUGUGCUUACAAAGCAAUAAGGACAGCUUUCCAAGUGAAAUUGGGCAACAUCAUGGCUUUGAAGAUGAUGAAUCAUAGACAAUCAUUGACCUGAUUGGUCAAUUAAGUAGCAAUGUUAUUGGUUCUACAGUGAGCCCCAUUGUUUUUUUCAGCUUUUGACAUAGACAAUUUAGGGAAAAUCUGUCAACACCACUGGAAUGAACGCAUUGCAAUACAGUUAACUAGACUUUCUAAAAGUCCUUUACAUUUUUUUUCCUGGUGGGCCACUGUGUGACCUUGUUGAAGCUUGCUUCGCUCACUAAGAACUUAUGAGAGGUUGACUUGUAGCAAGUCUAACGGUUAACCUGCCUAGUUUAAAAGUGUUAGGUCCUAAGUGAGGGAAGAUAGAGCCUUGCAAAGUUGCAAAAAUUUACACUCAGACGUUUGUAUGGUGGGGGAAAGUUUGUGUCCCCCACCAUACAAAUAAAACGUCUGUAAAAUUUUGCAAUUUUGAUGAAUACAUGUUGUAUAGUUUCCAACAGAUCACUUUCAAACUUGGCAAUUGUACUGACUGAAAGGCACUCUUUCCAACAGAUUUUCCUUAAUACAAUACAAUACAAUGUUCUUUAUUUUGAGAGGGUAGAUACAUGAUUAACCCAGUAAACAGUUUUCUAACACAUGGCCCUCUAAACUUGCCCAUGUCAAAAGGUGAAAGCUGUGAAAAGACCUGUUUAUUUGUUACUUGCUUUUCUCUCUUUGUAGAACCAAUAACAUCACAACUUAAUUCAUCAAUCAGGUCAAUAACCAGUUUUAAUUUAAAAAUACCAUUAUAACUGACGUGAUACAACCUUCUUAUGAAAUGACUUCUGGGUUCAAACCUUUCACAGUUUUAAGAAUAGUUUGUUAUUUUACUUCAACCUCUCUCCCUCAAGGUUCAUGUUAAGUGUGUGGCUCUGCUUUCGGGAGGGUUCAGGUUUCCUCCUCAGAUAACAUAAGGUGUUUCCUGACAGGCUGCACACAUGAGCAUACGUUUACAAGGUUAUCAAUCAAAGAACUAUACUUUAAAGUUUGUUACAUGGACAAGAGGUGAUGCAAGAUUUAAAAGGAAGACCAGAGGAAAAACAAAAGCCUCUCCAAAGAAAGACAAAACAAAUAAAAACUGCGGUCAUUGAGGCAAGGUGGUUGGAUGCACAGUUUCAACUUAUGGCUGGGCAGCUACACCACUUGGCUAACCAUAUCUUGGCACAGGCGAAUGAAUAAUAUGUAAACCAGACAGAUAAAAGAAAAAAAACAGUCUCCUCUUCUUUUAAGAAAUUGUAUAUAUACAUUGGUUCCGUGAAAAAAGGAAAAAGCCUAAAAAGAAAAUGUAAUAAAAAUCACACGAAUACUAAACAGAAAAGAGUACAAAACAGUUACAGAUUGUCUUAAAAAUUGUACAUAAUUAUACAGUCAAUGAAAAAGGGAAUAACUGUUUUGAGAAAAUGUAUUUAUAUAGACAAUGGAAAAGGAUGAAUAAUUCUUCAAAAAUUUUUCCUAUUGUAUGUAGUCCUUUAUAUGUCACUCCAUAUUGUCCUUUCCAACUCCUUCACCCUCUACUUCUUUAACUGGCUUUCUUUAUGUAGCAAUCAGCAGUAAUAUUCUUUAUUAGAAGAUCAUCAAAAGAAACAUCCCUUAUCAAUGCAGCACUUCUUGCAUCAUGUACUACAAGCCUUUUUCUCACCAUCUUCGAGGGAUUUCCAAAUAAAAAAGUAUUUGAAUUGACAUCAGUCAAUAAUCAAAAUAAAUCAAAGAGUACCCUUUACCCCUUAUCAUUAAAUAAUUAUAACAUCAAAAAAUAACACUUGAAAGAUGAAAAGGGAGUUGGAGCACUCUAUCAAAAUAAAUCACAAAAUACAAAUUAAUGAUCAUAAAAUCCAAGGCUGAAGGCCCCACCCACCAGCCUAAUUUUUGGAACAAACCAAAAUAAUUACAGGAUCUAGAGCAACGACACUACUCAUAAACAUAACCAAGUGGAAGCAUUUCCACUGUAAAGGUAUGAUCAGAUACUAGCAGAGCAAGAGGAAAAAUAUCAAACUAGCAGCAGGCCCCAUGGCAAGAAAAUUUUGAACAAUGGCACUUGAUGUGGCUUGCUAUGAUGAUGGAGGGACAAUGUCUAAAUAAAAUACAAAGAUGGAAGUGGCUUGAACAAACUAACCCCCUCAAAUAAUUACCUACAAUGAAAGGAACUGUGCCAUUUUUGAACUACUGCUAUGGUUAUUGUACUACUAGCUGUAUGGUCAUUGAACUAUAUAAUUAUUCUGUGUUGACCGAACUGCACCUACAGGAAAAUGAAAACUGAACUAGCAGGCCUCAAGGCAAGAUAAUUUUGAACAGUGAUACUUACGAUCACUUGCUGUAAAAUAGGAACAAUGUCUAAAUAAUGUAAAAUACAGAGAUUAAACAACUUUAAUAUGCGGUUUUUUUAACUAUUGCUAUGGUUAUUGAACUACAUAUACUGUGUGGUCAUUGAGCGUCUUACUGAACUUCACAUACUGGAAAGUGAUCACUGAACUGCACCUACAGAAAGAUGAAGACUGAAUCAAUGAUUUCAUUGUCAACUAAGAUUUCAUAGUUCAGUAUCCACAAAUGAUUUUUACGAGUUCAGCGACUGCAGCGAAUACGACCAAAACAGACUACUAAAAAAUUAGCCCCUUUUCUAAUUUUCGGUCGACAUUUUUUACCGCCGCGAAGUUACGCGAAACACAACAAAAUACUAGAUUGGGCGAUCGCUUCUUGUCACCUCUGUUUAUUUCUCCGUCAGUGUGUAUAUAACUUAAGUUUGUGUUUUCGAAAAAAACCGUACUAAUGAUUUGUAUCUUGCCCUUUCUAUCCCGGCUCCAAACUAAAAAUUAUGACACGAUCCCACAAAGCAAGAGUCCAAGGGCUAUGAGUGUUAACUCACCAUAAGCCGGCUUCUCGCGGACAUGACACUGGACUUGCCAGGUACGUUAUUUUUACAAACAGUUGGAUUGGCUCCGGGAAUUCCUCUUCUACGUUCUUGCAGCGCCUUUUACGUGAACUUGCCUCUCGAAGCAAUCGGACGUGAAAUUAAUACAGAGCUCCUUGAGGUUGAAGUUCUCGCUGCAUGUUCGAAAAAUGCGUUCCACAGCGCUCUUUUGCCUGUGCAAAGAAAUUCCCUCUUUCGGAUUGGAGACUGUUGCUGCAGUCCUGGACAACGUAGCAACAAGGGCAUCUUUGCACGAUGAAAAUGACCAAGAAGAACUUUUCUUCCAGCUUCUGGGGAUAAGAUGACGUCACAGGCAACCCCGGUCGACCUCGAUCCAAUCCCUCCCCUUUUGCUCGGGCAUUUUUAGUUUCGGUAAUGGCGGACCGCCACUAAAGAAAAACACGGCUUAGAAAAUCAGACUUCUAGUGAGAAUUAGGAUCUCAAAUUUGGUAUGUGUAUUUAUUAGCUAUCAAAUAUUCUAAAAAUCGUAAAACACAAAUAAUGCUUGAUUUGAUCACAGUAGCACUUUAAAGCCUUUUCAGAAGUGAAGUUAUCACCUCUUAUUACGCUGCGUUUAUGUUGUUAACUGGAACCUGUUGAUAAUUUGUUCUUCGCACAGGGUAAGAGGGGAGCAAUAGGACAACCUGGAUCAUUUGGUCCUGUUGGAAAGAGGGUAAAAUUAACUAGUGGUACUCUUUUCAGAAAGUUAAGUUAAUGCGCUCCUGCGCAUGCCCGGGAGGACAUUAUCUGUUUAGCAGGCUAUAUACCAAGUCACGGAAAGAUGUCGAUAUUUUUAUAGAAGGAUAGUAUGAUAGACUUUACAUUAAGAACAAAUCAAAAGGGGCUUUUUAGCUUGCUAGUUAGUUCACUCACAAACAGUGGACCAGAGAGAUCCUGUACCUUUAUGGUGGUGAAUAUUAGGCUUGCCUUUGCAGAUUUGUAACCCGGGAAGCACUUUAGGGAACUCUGGGUAGAUGCGUGCCGCCGAGGCCUUUAAUUUUUUACCUUUUUUAUGACACUGACUCAUUCCUUUUUGAGUACAGAAUUAUGUGGUUUUAAAAACUGAAAUCAUCAGUAAUGUUGGUACCACUCAUCUAGACCGCGCACCGCCAACGUUCAUCCCCUGUUAAAAGCUUCUGGUCCAGAAGGGAACCCUGUUUAAGACGCUAAAUAGUGAUAUUGAAUGUUCUAUUUAAGACUCUAGGACCCUGCGGCGCAAUCUCGUUUAGACUAAAUAAGGAUGUGUUCCACGGGAUUUGUAAUACAGGGAAACACAACCCACGUGCAGUCGCUUAUUGCAGCGUUAAGUGUUUUCUCGCCAAAUACUUUUUCCUCUUUUAACGAGCACUCUUUGUAUGACUAUAUUGUAUAAUAAUUAUUGCUAAAAGUACUUGACUUUUACUUUUUGUUAAUUCUAAGGGUUUACCUGGAGUUCCUGGGGCACCUGGAAAACCUGGCGAAACUGGACAGAGUGUAAGUAUGGUCGUCCGUUGUUCUUUAACAUAAUUGCCACGCGCAAAUUUGGUGCAGAGCCAUUUUUUACAUCCAGUGUUCCUUCAAUGAAGAAUGCGUGUUUCUCCGUUUAGCUCAAGAUCACUUCAAUCAUCUAAGGCUUGAUAUAUUUCAAGGAGGAGCGGAGGAAAGGGAAGUGUCGAUGGGUGACCACAUGACCGAUGCUUGCAUGAAAAUUUCGAUGGCCGUUUGGAAAUGGGAUGAGGAGAACUUCUGGUGGAGGAUUUAAGAAAUCUACAACAAUUUUCCAAGGUUUUCCAGACCCAACGAUAAACGUGCCAUCUCCAUACCACUCUAUAUGAUUACCAAUAUUUGAUCAAAUGAAAUUUGGCAUCUUUCAUGUAUUUUGGCCAUUAUUGCGAGUAGUCUAGAUCCUGAUUAUCAUGGGGUGACACUUCGACAAUAGUAUUCUAGGGUAGGUGCUGUGAAAGUAGUGACAGAGGAGGGCGACAAUCUCCUUAGCCGCAAGGAGGUCACCAUAGCAACCAAGCCUCAGCCCAUCUCAAGACACCUGUCAAUACAAAACCGAUAUAUUAGUGUGUGAGAUACUCAUACACAAACUUGGAGGGAGGAGGGGAACCGAAGCAUACCAAAUUGGCAAAGCAAAAAUCAAAGCACAUUUGGUAAUGACCAUGGAAACCUGCCUGGAGCCUCUGACACCAGAUUGGUGAAAAGGCUGCAUUGACUCAGUGAUACUGCAGGGCCAGGUGAAACGUUGAACUUUUCAUGUAGCUAACUUAAUACCUAUUUUGGUCGACCCAAAUGAUACAAGUUCGACGGUUGAUUCUGACGUCGAACUUAAUUAGUCGGAUUCAAUUCAUUUUCACGAUGUACAAUGGUCUACAAUAUUUACCACUUAGGCACAUGAAAAUUUUGACGUAUGAAACGAAGUCGCUCCACAGUCGAAAUUCCCAUGUGAGCCAAACGAGCCUAAUUCAUGGGUCGACCCAAAUUAGAUGUGUCGGACUUAAUUGAUUCAAACGUCGAUCUUUUCUUGUAUUAAUUGAAGGGAUUAGGUUCAGUAAAUGAAACCUUCGACGUUUGAGCGGGACCUAAGUUUUACACUCACUCGUGUUCACACAGGGUAGGCCAGGAGCAGUAGGAUAUCCAGGUGCACAAGGAAGAAACGGAGUCAAGGUACUAAAUUGGUAAUUUCGGAUCGCAUCACAAUAAAGACUCUCAGCAUUUCUAUUGUAUUGAGCCAGGGACGGUUUUGAGUCUUUUUAGUACUCUUCGCUAGUAUUUCGUAUGAGCAGUUAUAAUUGCUCUUGUGAAACGAGACUGUAAAGCCGUCAAAGCAAAGGUUAUGAGUCACUCCGAUCCAUCAUUGGGUAACGUAUUCCUGUCAUCCUCAAUGACUUGCCGACCACACAGGAAUGAAAUUAUUAAAGACAUUACCGAUUUUUAAGGAAUAUAAUGCUUGUUCAUUACGCACGGGCAUUUCUUCAUUUUAUUUCGCUAAAAGUACUGAAAAAAUUUAGGAACUUACGAUGCAAGUCGAAGGACGUUAUAUACGUCAAAUAACCUUUUUCUUUUUUUAUUUUUAGGGUGAAGAAGGAAAGCCAGGAAUACAAGGAACUCCAGGAGCGAAGGGAGAAGUGGUAUGAAUACCGACUGACAAUUCAUCAUUUUCACAUAGACCAUAAUGCACCUUGUUUACGCCCCCUCCCUCUAAAGCUUGCGUAUCCAUUGUCUUCGAUUCUUCCGGGACGACUGUAAUACCCAGGAGAAAUUUAGGGUUAGAUACAUUAUGCCGGCGUAAUUUUGGGCAUAAUGGUAUAGUCGGAGCAUCGAGCAUAAUGCCGGCAUAAUGGGCAUUUUUUUUAUCAUAAAGAGAUGAAUAAUAAUGACAAAAUUAAUAUUUGCAUAAACGUAAUGAGAAAUUUUCACUUCCAAGUUCCUUUAGUAACGCAUGGAAAAGCGCGUUAUAGCCAAGAAUAGUCGAGCACAAUCGGCUACUUUUCGAGCACAAUUUAAGGCAUAAUGUUAUUGUUUUGAGGGUGACGCUCAAAAGCAUAAUGCUUAAAUUUUCGGGCAUAAUGUAUCUAACCCUAGAGAAACUGGAAACAAUGGUUAUGGAAAAGUAUGUGGGGUAAACAAUGUGCAUUAUGGUCUUUGUGAAAAUGGUGAAUGCUAAAGCAAAGACGUCAAGGUAUGAAAAACUGGAGACAAUGAAGCUUUUUUACAAAAUAGUUAAGUGUUAAUUUUAGGCAAUGGAUUUGUCUUGUAAAAAAUGACUGUAUAGUUGGGAAUAAAUUUGUGAAAAAAAAGAAACCCUGGGAUGAAAUCAAAACCAUUUGAAUAGCUAAGAGUAUGAAAGUUAAUAUAAUGUCUUCUUUGCGAAACUUUUCCCGCUCAGGGCCCUCCUGGAGAACAGGGACAACAAGGACGACCUGGGCAACAAGUAAGUACUAACAACACGUACAUUCGGUUGAAAAUACUGGUGGUUGAUGCACCGACGAGGCAAAAGAAGAGAAAGUCAUUGCAGUUAGGGCUUGCCGGGAUUCGGCAGUUGAGCUGGCAAGGCAACUGGGAGUUGGUCAUUAAAUAAUUAGUUCGUAAUAUACCCGUGAAAGAUGAAGAUAAAAUGAUGAAUUUUUUUUGUAUUCAUAUAUUCAUAAUUUCAUUAAAUUUAUUCAAUUCUUUUGUAGAGAUCACUUUCGUUGCCGUGACUUAUUACUGAACUUAAAAAAAAGAUAGGUUGAACGUGUUAAAACAUCUGCCAAAGUCGAAAAUAAUGUAUUUCAGACUCACAUGUAACCAAAUCGUGAAUUAGACAUUAAUCAUCUUGCCUGACAAGAAGUUGUGACCUUUGAUCUAACUUUAAUCUUACGCUGGUAAUGUUUGUUUUUAGGGAGACUUGGGACCAAGGGGAAAAUCAGGGCGCAACGGGGACCCUGGAAAACAGGUAGAGCAAAUCAUAAUCGCUUACCAUAUUUACUUGAACAAGCGCUUAUUAAUUUUUUCGCGCCCAGAAAGCGACGCUUAUUCGAGGGCGGAACUUAUUCAGGUAAAUACGGUAUAAUAGUAGAACAUGACAAUUCUAGAUUUGAAAGACAUUGAGACAGUUUUCUGUUUUUCGUUUUCUUUGUGUUCAAAGGGUUCAUUUGAUAUUUAGAAUGUGUCUCCGCCUUCUUUCUGUGCCUAGGGGCCACCAGGGGACGAUGGUCGUUCGGGAAGAGCUGGUAGAGAAGUAAGUACAUAUUGUUUUCGCUGAUAAGAUGAAAAAAGCAUUUAUGUAAUCAAUUUUAAGCUAAAAAUCAUCUGUUGACCUAAGGGUUCAGCGAGUGAUCUUAGUGGAAUUUGUGACCUCCGAUUGCCGAUAAAGCCCGAUCGGCAAUGAAAAGAAAACAAGCCGAUAUAUAGUUAAGGAAUAUUCUUUUAAUGUGUUCAUUGAUCUGUUUUUCAGGGUCCGCCAGGAAUGGUUGGAGCUGUUGGAUUUAAUGGUCCUCGGGGAGAAAAGGUAGGUACUUUGAUUACCCGGAGAGUUUAGAGGGGUAGGGUGACUUCUGAAGAAAUGUACCUAAAAAGAAGACCAGUAUGGGAAUGCCGGGCACAGGUUUUAUGUGACAAACUAUACACUAGAACCAGCUGACGAAUGCCGGAACCAAUCAAAAGCUUUUACUUAAUGAUUUGAAUUGCGCUUUAGUUGUUGAAAUUGAAUGGUGUCUUAAACAUAGUAUGACCUUGUUGGGUUACCACCUUUCUAUAUUUCCUUAUACACCACCCUAAGCGGUAUCUGUAUGGGUAAUAAUAUUAGCUUUUCUUUCUGAGACGAGUCUCCACUGGGUUGGAAUCUCUUCUUAUCUGUUCCUUAAUCUUAGAAAUGUCAUCUCCAGAUAACCCUGAAACUUACAACUGUCCGAUUUCCGAUCAUUUCCGAUCAUUUUAAAUUUUUUUAGAUCGUGCAGGAUCUCUUUGAAGGUAACGUUCUUCCCCUUCCUCUUUCUUGUCAUUUUUAGGGUCUGGAUGGACGUCCUGGAUACCCAGGGCGUCGUGGACCACGAGGAGCUAAGGUAAUUCCAGUUUAUGUAGUAGAUUAAACAAAUUUCCAUUGAAAUUUAAAGAAAGCUCAAAAUUGUUCGGUUGCAGCCCUGUUAUGAGGAACCUAUUGUCUUUUCGUCUACAUUUAUUUUUAAAAUUAGUCGUUUUGCGACUUUGCUGACUACGACAUGGUCAAAAUAUAGCUACUUGUCCUGCAGAAGUAUGAGGCGAUCUCCACAUUUAUCAUGACGAUAAUUAAUCGCCUGUGCAAUAUUUGAAUAUCGGAGGCACUAGAAUCACUCUAUUCAAGUACAUAUAUAUAGUGAUAACUCAUUAAAAAUGCUGGGCUCGGAAGAUACUGUAGGUUACUUACUUACUCGUACUAACACUCUUCCAGGGAGAUCGCGGAGAAAAAGGUGAACAAGGGAGACCUGGUAGAACCGGAAGGCCAGUGAGUAUACCCGACUAAAUUGUAGGUUUAACAGGUGGAAGAGUUUUUACAACUAUUCCAGGAAAGCUUUAGAGUCUAGAAUAAUCCAUUUGUGUUGCAUGCAAGCACCGAUCAGCCAUUCCCAGUGUCUGUAAAAAAUGCCAGCUGUUACUAAGUCUUCAAGCCAUCGUUUAUUGCCAACAGAAACUUCUAUUACACGAAAUUUAAUGGUAACAAAUCUGAGAAAGCUUGGCAGGCAACGGAUUAGUCUCUCUAAGAUUACAAACGUUUAAAAUAAGCGGUUCGUGUACCUUUGAGAUGAAUACUUUCCCUAAUCAAAAACUGCCUUAUGUAUCACGAGAAACAAUGGUAAAGAGAAACGGGGAAUUGGUGUUUUUACUUGCUUUGCAGGCGACACAAAAUUUGUAGUACGCAAAUGAAAAGCUCUAACAUCAAAAACCGCCCAUACUUUCAUUUGGGUGUCCACUAAGAUUUCAGUCCUUAAGUUUGUUUGAAUUUCCUUAUCAGGGUCGCCGAGGUAACAGUGGAGAACCUGGAUUCCAGGGCAGUGCAGGGCUUCAGGUACGAAGUUAUAAUAAAAUACCCAUGUCGUCAUUUACUUGUAAGCAGACGAUUCAGUUAUAUCAGGCAUCAUUAUGGAACUUCAUUCGCUCAAAAUUUUGAAUCAUUAUUCGCAGUAAAUUUAUAAAAUAGCAAAUAAAAGUAUCGAGUUCCACUCAACAACAAAACGCCUGCAAUGUAGGCUCUAUCAAGUUCAUCUUUGCUAAUGUCCAAUUAAAACCCCUGUACCUUUCUCGAAGUUCUUAUAAUGCCAUAUAGCCUAAGUACUCAGUCAACUGUCAGCUUUAAGGUCUAAAAUGUUGAAUUAGUCUUGAAAAGCUUCCUUUGUUUGCAGGGAGCUCCAGGAUCUCAAGGACCACCGGGCUACCCUGGCCGCGCAGGAAGAAGAGUAAGUUCAAAGCCUUUGUAUGUAACACAUAUCCAAAUUUCCCGUUCUUACUUCGAGUUCAAAUAGCAAAAAGUUCUCAAAAAGCGGGGUUUUAAAUGAUUAUAUACUCCGUGCUUCUUAAGGUAUUGUGAAAUCGUCCCUAAUUACGUAUUAUAAGUCUCCUUGCGGACUGGACUAUAAUAAGACCUCCAGUUACACGCAGCUCUCUUGGUCCCAUGGUCAUCAAGGUUGAUAUGCAUCAAAUCAAGUCCUUCAUUUAAUCCCUCUCCGUGCACCUCUCUCCGAGUCAGGACAAAUUUUCAAUGUGGACACUUGCAUCUGUCCUUUCCAUGACCGAAUUAAAUGUACUAGUGGAUGAUGAAAGUUGCGUUUUUCUCCUUACAGGGCAUGCGUGGUACUUAUGGGAAAAACGGAAAACCUGGAGAUGCGGUUAGUUCUUAUUAAUGAUGUGUGACUUCAGAAACAUAACCAUCCCUAAUGCUCAUCUUUGGCAAAACUAGGCAUUACGUUGCCUGAGACUUUCUUGUCAAACGAUAAUUCAGCUGUGAUUUUUUGUGCGUUUUUUCUUUAGGGACUUCGUGGACUACCUGGUCAAGUUGGUCCCCCUGGGCCACCGGUAUGUUAACCAAAAACAGAAAUGUGUUAUUACUUGUCACUUGGAAUACUAAUUUCACUAUGAUUCCUACCACCAGUUACCAUGAUUUUUUACUCUAAGAGUGCUUCAAUUUGAGAAUCUUUCGUAGCCCAGACAUACGAACAUACAUUAAAAAUCAAGUAAGUGUUCAUCCCAAAGGUUAUUUCAAGAAGGGACUAAAAUGUUAUUACCAGAGGAAAGAACUAUUGCACUCAUUAUGAAACCCCGUACAUGGCUCUAUAAAUAGCAUUAAUUUCAGACUUUCAAUUUUACAUUUCAUUACAUUUCCGGUUAGAACUAUUGGGAAGGAACAGAGAGUGAGUGAGAAAGAGACAAGAUGUGUUGCAAGCCAGGAGCCCAUAACCCGGAGCGAGCAACUUCCAUGCGCUCGUGACACGGCGUUUUUCGGACCAGUUUAUUUUUAGAACGGUUUUGGCGCGAAUCGUGAAUAUUAUUUAAAUUACUCAAACCACUCAGCAAAACCUACAGACCUAAAAAGGAUAUUUUUAUACUUCGAAUGCGCUCAUAGACGUGGUGGAGAUUCCAUUUUCGCGAGAAAAAGUGCCCUAAAAUGUGUCUAAAAAUAAACUGGUCCGUAAAAAUGCCGUAACAUAGACCUAGUAUGGGAGUUGCUCGCUCCGGGUUAUGGGCUCCUGUGCAAGCCAAUUGCCCCGUGACUGAUUGUAAUGCCGGUGGAAGAUUGUUUUAUCCCGUUGACUACCUAAUAGCGUACGUAGGUUUAUUUGCUAAAGUUUGGUCUAUUUGUCGGAAUUUUAGCUUGUUAUUUUCAAGCCUUACCUUGAUGUUUUGAAAAUCGGAUAAGCCUCAGACCCUCAUCAUUCAGUUAAAUUAGCCAGUUAUUACCCAAGCUCCGAAUUUUCGAACGUUGGAUCGCACUAUAAACCAGAUAAAAUUUUGGCUCGACCUAUAAAAAGUUAGAAGGGUUUGUAUGGAAUUUUCUGAGUACAACCGGCUAACAUCUCAGAGACAAUUUGCCCCGUAUUGUAUGCUCAUUUUUGGUAAGUAGGCCUCUUGGACAUUGUUCUUUCAGAAUAUCCUCACAAAUCCCAUAAUUUCAGAAAUUUGACUUUUAUGACGUCAUCACUUUAGUACUCUAUAGCCGUUCCAAUAAUCCUGCUGUUUUUCCUUUGCAAACAGUGGCUCCAUUGUAAUCGAUACCAGUGCCCUGGUACAGCUGUUUUCUUUCUUUGAAUCCACACUAUUACCUGACCUGUAGUUAUGUCACCCUUCUAUGUCAGUUAUUUGUUUUACAUAGAUCAUGUUAUGCUUUGUAUUUGAAGGGUUUACCAGGCACGGAUGGUCAAUAUGGAGAAAAUGGCAACCCUGGAGCCCUCGUAAUGUUGAAUCAUUUAUUAAUAUUUAUGAAUUUAAAUAUAUGAUAUGAAUCAUAGUUUGAAAUGCGGAUAAAGAUUUGAAAGUGAACAUGACCUUCGCAGUAGGAUGAACAACCUAGGCGGUUGAAAAGGAUCUGAAAGGAAAAUUGAGGCUUAAUAUUUAUUAACUUAGUGAUUUUCUCGAUACUGGGAUUUCCCUAAAUUCCCCUUUUAUGGUAACUGUUGUGCGAGUCGUUCACGCGAAACUGGCGCGCCAGUUUUUGGCAACAAACCGUUUCACAAAAUUUGAACCUACUGUUUUUAACAAAAUUGUUACAUAGAAUUAAAUUGUUGCUAAGAAUGGCGCCUAAAAGUGGUGUUUUGUAAAUAAAAUCGUAUGUUUGUACAAACAAAGCAACAUUAACAGAACAAUCAAAAUGAAGAAUAAUGGGAAAAGAAAAAACAUACGGUUUCAUAUACUUAAGAAUAGUUUGAAAGGAUCUCCUGUACUUUAAUUUUCAGCCUUAAAUCCCCUUUAUACGCUUUAGAAAAUCGCUCGAUUAGAAAAAGACUAUCAAAAUGAUUAUUUGCUAAUUUAAUUUGUUCUUUUAGGGCGCCAAAGGAAAUCAGGGGUCUCCAGGCAAAACUGGCAAACCUGGAUAUCAGGUGAGAUAACUAUAAACCAUUUAUUUAUGCUUUGAUUGAGAUUCGUUUUCUGGCAGGUUGAUAUUGACAUUCUACUCAGGCACAGUAACACAGUGAAAUAAUGCAAUAACAUGUACAUCUUGAAUUAAAAUCGUUACUAACGCAUGCAUGAGACCCGAUCAACGUGAAUAUUGAGAAAAAAAGUUAUCAAAGACUCUGUAUUGCAGUCCCCAUCUAGGGACAAGACAGCCAUGAUUUUUUUUUAGUUUUUCUGAGUUACGUAAACUUCUAGCAGUUUGCAAGGAGAAGGUAGUAACUUCUUAUUGAUCCGAUCGGGGAUAAAACCCCCUAAUCAGGUUAAGGCUUUACACCAACAACUGUUGGCUCAUGGGCUGAUUUUAACAAUUAAAUGAGGAACACUAAUCAAACUGAGCGACAGCUUUUUGAUCAUUUGAUCAUAGUCUCCUUUUGAAGAAGAGCUAAAUUGGUUUUGUCUUGUCUUUCAGGGAUGGCCUGGCGGUAGGGGACGCCCUGGAUCCAAAGGACCUAAAGGAGAACGCGUGAGUUAACCUUUCUUCAGUGAAGCAACCUACGGUCUCUUCUUAUUCAUUUUUUAUUGUGAAAGUACAAGAAAGAGAUCAGUAAUUAGAUUUCACUUUUUAUCAGUUAACAGUGUGUUAUAGAGUACCGAAGUGUGACGUCAUAAAAAAUGAAAUUUGUGAAAUUAUGGGAUUUGUUAAGCUAUUCUGAAAGAACAACGUCCAAGACGCCUACCUGCCAAAAAUUAGCAAUUUGGGGCAAAUUGUCUCUGAGAUAUUAGCCCAGUUAUGCUCCGAUGACUCCAUAAAAAUCCUUCUAAAUCUUACCUGGUUCCUAAUCUUAUGAACCAAGCCAAAUUUAGAAGGAUUUGUAUGGAAUCGUCACAGCAUAACUGGGCUAAUAUCUCAGAGACAAUUUGCCCCGAAUUGCUAAUUUUUGGCGAGUAGGCGUCUUGGACGUUGUUCUUUCAGAAUAGCUUAACAAAUCCCAUAAUUUCACAAAUUUCAUUUUUAUGACGUCAUCACUUCGGUACUCUAUUUUGUUUUUUUUUUAGGGGGCAUCGGGAUACCCUGGUAUUGCGGGCAUAAAUGGAAAGGAUGGACAACCGGUUGGUACUUUUAUUUCAAAAUUGAAAGAUGUACUGAAUUUUUUUUCUCCCUACACGUACUUCUAAUGAAGUACAUGUAAUUGUAAACGAUCCGUUCAUUUUACUACGAAGAUAGGUACAAUAUUUGAAACUAAUUUGUAUUAGUGAUGACAAAAACUAGCUUCCUUUUUUAAGGGAAUCGACGGCAGGCCAGGUAACAAUGGAUACCCAGGAUAUCGUGGUCCUAAGGUAUGUAAAAAAUUAUUUACCAAUAAUUAAACAUGGAAACAUGAUUUAUCCUGAUCUCUGUUCAGAUGAACGCGUCAUCGCGCGGUGACGCUGGAAAUGUUUGUUCUGUCCUCUCAAGACGUAAAAAUUACCGUGCUGUUAUUCACGGAAGAGGGUAGAUUGCGUAGAUCCUGUGAUAACGUAGGUUGUGUAGGAAAGGGAUUGCUGCGCGGGGGAGUAAUGAGCCUCACGCUCUUGCAUUUGCCACGCCAACAAGUUAAAUAAAGUAACAAAGUUGAAUGACAAAUUAAAUAGAGUUUUUUUUUAAGGCCGAGAAUCAAACGAUUCUUGACUUCAGCAAAGUUAAAUCAAAUCGACUGGCACAGUUUGUCAGUGUGCGACCUUCUGUGCGAGGGUUCCCGAACUCGAUUCUCAGGUGUAGCUUCAAAUUCUGUUUUCAAAAUUUUUCCUUUCCGAAUAGCUUUACGUAGCUUUAAAUACCUGUGAAACGGAGCAUUGAUGGAUUACAAGAGAGAGGGUCAUGUAUGGGGGAUUCGCUCUCUUAGAUCAUUCUCUCUUGUGGAUAAAGAGUGGAAUGGGGGUGGUGGUGGUGGUGGGGGGGGGUGUUGGUGAAUCAAAGCUUUUCAGUCGUAUAAAGAGGUUAGUGAAUAUUCGGGAAGCAUUUUAUUCUUCAGUUAAACUAACCUUGUUAUAUCCUUGUUAUUCGAAGGGUAAAGAUGGUGACCCUGGAACCCCUGGGACGCCUGGAAAGGACGGUGAAAUGGGUCUUCAGGGAGAAAGAGGAGCAGCUGGAACUCAUGGAAUCAGAGGAGCCACGGUAAAAUUUUCACUUUUUGUCCUUUAAAGAAGUGUGUUUUUCACGAGGCCGUAAAAGUUUUUCUCACACACGGCUAGGAGUAUGGGUUUAAGUGUACGGGCCAGGGGGGGGGGGGGUUGGGGUUGCAAAAGUAUCUUCUGAUUAAGCGACCAACAUCAAUGUUCUUCUACAUGUAAGUACACCGCCCUCAUGAAAAAAAGUUAGUUAUUAGAAUUUGUAAAAUGAUCACCAAAUUUGUUUAUCAAAUCCUCUCAACUUUGCCCCAAAGGAGAUGUGUUGAGAUCAGUCUAGUGAAUUUGUGUGGAUAUUGUAGUCUCAAAUGUCACACGUCUCCACCCCCUAACCCAUGGGGGGCCGAAGUGGAGACGUGUGACAUUUCAGACUAUGGAUAUUGGGGUUUAAAAGGUUAAAGAGUAUUCAGUUAACAGUACUUUAUCUUUGGUACCCUCUAGGGAUCACCAGGACCAAGCGGUGCUAUUGGAGCCAAAGGAUUUCCUGGACCAAAAGUAUUUCUCUUUGGAUUAUUUUUCCUUGCCUAAGUGGCGUUCAUGAUUAGUUCUUUAUGUCACCAAACAGCUUCACCGUGGUACGGAAUUAGCUUGUUCUUGUUUCUGGCUCUUGACUUUGGUACCUAUUCCUUUAAAUUCUAUCUGAACAAAGUUGUUGGUAUUCAAUUGACCCUCGGGCUCUUGAUGAAUUUAAAUCUCACUCUAUUACCGUCAUCAGCAUUUGGAACAAAAUAUCCGAGUAGGUUAUAAAGAUGUUAAAAUGCAACUUUAGAGUUGGCUGCCUGUUCAAAGUAGUACUAAUUUUCUCUUAUUGCAAUUUUAACUAUUCAAAAUUGAGAGUUCACUAACGAAAAAUUACCGCUUCCCUUUAGGGUUCUAAAGGAGCAAUCGGCGAUUUUGGUAGUAAAGGUGAAGUAGGAGGCCUGGUAUGUUAUUCUAAACUUCAUCAGUUUAAAGAGAUUCUGGUUAAAAGACUCGUGUUUUGUUUAUUUCUGCCCUUUUUCUUCCAAAUCUAGCCAAGAUUUCAUUCAGUCAAAAAAUGGCUCCAUAAUGUCGUGGUAGUCGGUUCAAUAAACUACCAGGUAGUCCAUCACCACACAAAGGUGCCCCUGAGCUCAUUAGCAGACUAACUAGUUUUAUGUGUAUACCUUUCCAACCCUAAUGUCGUCUUAGUUCAACCCCAUUUCCUCCAAAAAACAACCAGAAGGCUCUCUUACGGUCAAGGCCUUUCCAAAAUUAUCAUAAUUCCCAGGUCAUAAAUUUGGAGAACGUUUUGACGGCUAGGCCAUGAUUUGAUCUCUCUAGGUUCAGGUGACAGUGAUAACGAAGUCUUUAUAUCAAAUAUUGUGUCAUUUUACAAUUUUCUUGAUACCUUUUAUAUUAGUUUAGUGUGAGCCUGGAUAAGCUUCUCUGCUUUUCACUUAUUUGUUUAUUAGGGAUCACAAGGAGCAUCAGGAGAAGAAGGAGAUGCUGGAAUACCUGGGGCCCCGGUAUGUACAGUACUGAAGAAAUCAUGUAUCGACAAACGUUGGUAAAUAAGAGAAACAUGUUGCGGAGAGGUUUAAACGCGACAGAAUCGUGCGCGGAACACUCAGGAACAUUUAACAGAAGACGUGAAGGGAUAGAGGUGGAAGGGAAAAUUCCCAAUGUUCGCACACACGAAAAUGUCCGGAGGAUAGUUUUUAAAUACAUUUUUGUUUUCCUAGUGCAUAUCAACCGACAGAAAGAAUUUGGGUUGUAUUCUCUUAUUCAUUCCUUCUCAGGAAUACAGUAUAUCAAUGCAAAGUCAAGUGAAGUGGCCAUGGCGCCCUUUCAACAUUUUGCCACUGAUGAGGGCCUCGCAAUUCAACGAGUUGAACCUCGCAUGACAAGUCGCGAGGACGACUUUUGCUACAAACUUUGUGUUGCACGAAUCAAAUGAAAAAGUAUGCGCUCACACAGGGAGACAUGUAACACAUCCACGAGACAUAUAUGUCCAACAAAUGCUCCUUUCCACAGCAUCUUACGCAUUUGUUAUAUUGGACUGCUUUCCAAGGAGGGAACCCCUCUAUAGUAAACUGUUACGUAACUAAUGCAUAGCAAGCCCAGAAAUAAAACGGUUUUCUUUUUUCUUGUUGUGGUACCGUUUAGGGUGCUAGAGGUCCCCCUGGAACCCCUGGAAGCCCAGGAGCUCAAGGACCAGUCGUAAGUGGAUACGUCAGUCAGUCAGUUAGCCAGUCAGUUAGUCAUUCUGUCAGCCACUCGGUCAGUCAGUCAGUCAGUCAGUCAGUCUUUCCGUCUGUCUGUCAGUUAGUCAAUCAAUCAAUCAAUCAUUCAUUCAUUCAAUCAAUCAAUCAAUCAAUCAAUUAAUCAAUCAAUCAGAUAGAUAGUUAGUCAGUUAGUUAAUCCAUCAAGUUCUAAACAAUUAUUGAACGAGGUUUUGGUGUCCGGAAUAUUCAAUGUUGAGGUAAGAGUUCAGCUCGGCUGGUAACACUUUGAUUAUUCCGUAUAUCACAAAAACCCAAUCGAUUAACUAUUUUAUUAACUGCUUUGAAGAAAAUAACGACAAACAAAUCGUCGAAAGGAACGUAGUUUGAUCAUGACCUUGCUCUUGGAAAUCAUGCAUUGUGCGUGCAACAAGAGAGAAUUAUCUCUUGGCGCGGAACCUACCGAUUAGUCAAUUAUUAUCUGGCAGAUUACUAAAUAAUGUAAAGGUUGUACUGAUUAACUCUAAGCUCGUAGCCAAUGAGAUGACUGAUAGUGAGUGCAAUGUAAGAUAAAUCUAUUAAACUGGUCACUUAGCAGCCAGUGUAAUUCAUUUACACGUGGUUUUCCUUACGCUUUUGGACGGGAUGAUGAAGAUAAAGAACUGCAUUUGUGAUUCUAUCAUAUUUCAACAGGGUCCGGAUGGCGGAGCCGGAUCGCCGGGAAAUCCUGGUGUUCCUGGUACGAAGGUAAACUUGAAUCUUUGUAUUAAAUAAUAUAAUGAAUAAAAGAAUAUAUAGGUAAGUUGAGUAACAGUUUUAUUUAGGCGCCAAUAGUUUCUAUAACUGUAACAAGACGCUAACGAUUUAAAAAGGCAAGCUGGUGUUUAGAUAACGGCAGGGUUUUGAACACUCUAUGGUCACACUCAGCGUUUGAUCUCUAGACUGCACAUUGCUUGUCCAAACAUUUCCUUGACCAAGUCACGCUGUCUCCCCCGGUCUUUAGCGUUGCUGAGGAAAAUCUGGUUGGGAUGAAAGAGUAAGGAAUUGGUUUCAGGGCAAUUUUUUAACAUUUAGCGAGGUGUCAAUAUGCACAACGUUAACGUUUUAGUCUUCACAACAUAGACCAUUGAGUGUUACAGUAAUCAAAACUCAAUGCUGGGUGCGGACCAGUUUUGAUCCGUGCCGAGAAUAAGCACAGUUAUGACCAGCCUGUGUCGCAGACACUCUUCUGGUCUACACGAAGCGUGGACCAGCUGCGAUGCAAGCUAAGUUUUGAUUAACAUCAGCCUUUUUGUUUAUUUCAGGGAGCUAGAGGAAAGCAUGGUAAGCCGGGAAAACCUGGUCACCCAGGACCUCCGGUUAGUGUAAUUACAAAAAACCUACAAUCUUGGACAAAACUGUUGAGAAAAUUGUAUACUUGGACAGCAUUUUUCUAAAAAUCGUAGCUUUACCGGUUCUUCCCUCUCCCCCUUCCCCUGAAAGCAAUGUUGUUGUGUAUUCAAAAGAAAGCCUGAUCCCUGGGCGUUUGUGGGAAGUAACAUUGAAUCGGGGGAAGGGGUUUUCUUCCCGCAAAGGCGUCGCUUUUGAAAUAGUUUUGUUGCGUAGGAAAGUGGACAUGAUGGGGAAAACUUUCUCAAGUAGUUUUGUCCGGGAUUAUACAUACAGAAUCAUGGAAACUGAUUCGUGUAAACGGCAAGGUAAUUCAUCUGUGUUUCUUCAUAGGGCCGAUCUGGACAAGACGGCUUACGAGGAGCAAGUGGGCUGGAUGGGCCAGCUGUAAGUAAUUACCUAAGCAAGAUAUAUAAAUGCAUGUAAAAGGAUAUGUUUUUCCAUGAUUUCGGUUUGUAUUUUAAGAAAGUUGAAUUUUUACAGUCAUUUUCCUUAUCAUUGCUGUAGGGUCUCCCUGGACCAUCCGGGCCUCCUGGUCCAACCGGACAUCGAGGAUUGAACGUAAGUAUAUUGUAUUCAAUCUCUCUGUAUGAAAAUUACCUGAUUAUCGCGAUUAUAAUAUCAUGGACCGCAACAGGAUUAGAUCGGUCGGUAGAACGCUUGACUGCAGAAUGGGAGGUCGUGGUUCGAUUCCCGGAGCCGGACCAACACUCGAAUCUUUAAAUAAUUGAGAAAUUAAGGUACUCCCUUUGCACUGCACUUCGAGUGGCUCGAAUGACCACGUAAAAUGAAACAGUGGCGGAUCCAGUUCCACUUAUUUUUAGACCAAACUGAGGCCCGAAGGGCAGAAAAAUUUUUUUUAGAGACCGCUCCCCCAUUUAUCUAAAGGACCGGAUGACCGGGUCCCCCCUCAUCUCAAGAUGUGGAUCCGGCACUGUCAGAAGGUCCCGUCUCCAGUAGGAGAUCGGUAAAAAGUGUCCUAAAUUAGUAAUUUAGUGCUUAUUACAUUGACACUCAAAUAAAGUGCAUUUUUUCUAAACCAGAAGUCGGCAAUAGACUGAUUAUCGCCCUGCGGACACUCAGGCUAUUAUGGACAGCCUGCGAAUACAGCCGCCUCUCAUUGCUUUCCGUUGCCCCAAGCUAAGGGCAUCUGUGAGAGCCAGCUGUAUCGGCAGGCUUUUUACAGGGUAUUUAGCCUCUGUCCGUGCAGCUACGAGAAAAAUAGUUUACAGAGGUUCGACUAAAAACAGAUCUUCUGCUGUUAUGGUCCGGGUUCACUCUACAAGGGACACGAACUCGCGGUCCUGCCGGGUGUGUUGGCAUUAAAGAGAGUUGACUGCAUCGAACUAUAAGACCAUGAAAUGUCACAUUCUUUGGAAGAUAGAACAAAUCAAAUCACGUUUUUUCGACUGACGUAUUCACAACAAAAGUGCAGAGUAAACUUACGCUUUAUUUGACACUUUCCCCCCGUCAGUUAACGUUUCUUUUUCUUCCCCAUAUUUAGGGUUGGAACGGUUUCACAGGAUCAGUUGGUUCUCGUGGAAAUGUCGGUGAAAGGGUAAUCUAUCUGUUUCUUGUCCCGUACUCCGUCCCGCUGGAGCUCUAUACUUCACGUCCUUUAUUUAUUAGAGUCCUUUAUUUUCUAAGACGAGGACGACGACGAGAACGAAAUUUUCGCAAUACGAAGUAUAGUAGUGCGCGUGCGAACCAAUGUCAUUUUGGCGGGAAAAUGUGUUAGCCAUGGUCAUUCUACUACGAGUUUUAACGAAAAUGUCGUAUUGGCGAAAACAGGUUAUUAAAUGUUGGGAAUUUUAUCAUUUAGCGAUCGGGAGAGGGCUUACCUCCCUCAACGGAAGUAAGCGAACUAAUUUUUGUAGUAAAAUAAAGUACAAUAAUGAUGCUUUCUGGGGUGUCUAUUUUUAGAGACAGGCGAGAAAACGUAAGAUUAAAUGUCGUCCGAAUCUAAAGCUUUCUACUGUUAUGUUUUAGGGCGACGUUGGCACUCCGGGAACACCAGGGGAGGAAGGACCAAACGGAUUACCGGUACGAUAAAUGUUUAAUCGUUAAUAAUCUUCUUUAUUUGACGUCCACGCCCCCAGGGAAUUCUUCCCUUUCAGACUGCGGCUAUGUGGAUCAAGCUCUGCCAAAGACUCCUGACUGAGGCGUAGCACAAAUGCUUCGAGUGCACCUAGACUGAUUGCGAACAGUGUCAUUUUAAUUAUUUAACGUUAGCAAUGCGGUACGCAAUUGUUUUUUUCCUCACUCUUUUUACUCGGCGGAUUAAGAAAGAAAAGAAUAACUCUUUGCAAGAGAGAAUUUGUGGUCUAUGUAUGCAACCUUUCAACCUUUGUUACUCUCACUAAUUGUAUUUAACCUUCGAUAUUCCAUUUUGAUUUAUGUUAGUAGUGUUUGCCUUAUUUCCUUUCCUUUUCUUAAAAAUUAUGACUUAAAAAGUUACGAGAGAGAGAUGCUGUUGCUCAAAAACGAUAUAUGAAAGAUGAUCUUUGUUUCAUCAACUUGGCUUUUUAAUAUUUUUUCGCUUUUUCCCACUUGAAAUUAUAUUUUAUAUAUAUAGAUAUAUUUCCCUGCAGGGUUAUCCAGGUGAACAAGGUAAACCUGGGCAAGAAGGCCGUCCAGGGAAGGAUGUAAGUUAUUGCAGAAAAAUGUAGAACUAAAAAUUAAGAAUUUAGCUUGUCAUUAAUUCGUAUAAUUAUUCACUCAUCUUGCGAUCUCGUCGGAUGUCAGGUGGUGAACUGGUCAAAAAUUUUUCCUCCUAUGUAACUAAGCAAGAAAACAUACGCUGACAUAAAAGAGAAAAAGAGGCUUUUAUGUUCUCUUGAGGUAAAUCCUUCCGUCAGUUAUAGUGGAUCAUCAGUUUUCCAGUAUUUGUUAGCAAGGGGGGCAGUGAUUGGCGGAUUUAGGGGAGGGCUCGGAGGCCUCGCUCCUUGUAUUAGGCAAAACCCGAGGCCCGAGAGGUCGAGGCCCCGAGAAAAUUAGUGCCGGGCAAGGAAUCUCUUUUCGUUUAUCGGUAGUCAGCCGGCAAAUUAUUAUAACUAUUAUUUUAGCGUCAAACUUUUCUCCGCUCUUUUAUAUUUCGCCAUAUGUAUUGUAAUAUAAAAUCGCGAAUCAGAGGACAAAAAUUCGUUUCCUCUUGAGCCGUCAGCUUGGAAAUAUCUUCCAGUUCCAGCUCUAGUGCUCACUCUUACAACUCCUAGUUUCUAAUGCCUCUCUAAUGAUAGCCUAGGAAAAGUAUUAGUUGGUCACUAUUUUCUUAUCUUUGUAGGGUCUUCCUGGAUUAGAUGGAGAGGAUGCAGAACCUGGAACCCCAGGAGAACCUGUAGGUCUUACAUCGUUUUAUUCUCGGCUGAUAAAGACAUGAGUAAAACUAAUAGCUUGUUGUACGCGCUUGACUGGGCUUGUAAGGAAAUGAAUCCGUGUCAAUUAUUACAAAUGAAAACUUGAUUAUAUAGACGACAACUACCCCGAAGAAAAUCUUGCUCCAUCUAAAAAUAUAUAAGUGAACCAAAAGUCUAAAAAGAAAUUAACGUGUACAUUUUCAUUUUAGAUCAAACCAUUUUUAUUUUCAAAACUAUGAAAAACUAUUACGAACUUGCUAUGCCAAACAGUGUACGUAGUCAUAGAUCAAUAUUUGUAUCGUAUCAUUCAAUCAGCCAGACAUUCCUUUCUAGGUUUCUUGCCAGUUUUACUUAGAAACUAAGGAGCAAAAUGUUCCUCGCAGUUGUUUCAUCCUAUAGUUUUUGACAAGAACAUUAGUAACUUUUGCGUGAUGACGAGAUGGUUAUAUUGACAAAUUAGGCAUCACGAAGUACUUCCAUUCGGUACAGUAGUCAGAGCUCUUCUUGAUACGUUUGAGCGCAACCUCGUCCCCAGGGCACUUUCCCCUGGCUUUGGAAGUGGGACCCACCCCACUUCCAAAGCCAGGGAAAAGCGCCCUGUGGACGAUGUUGGUUUGAGCGACGGUCGUCAACCUGAAGAGGCCUUUUAAUGUUCUUGGGCUGUGGUCUCGCUUAAAUAUUAGGGCAAAUGUUCUCUAUAAGAUAAGAUCAAAUGGAAAAGGCCUCACCUCUUGUUGACGGCGUCGCUCAAAAACGCCUUUGCUUUAAAACCUUUACGUGAAGGUAAGAGACCUUAUUUAACCGUCCUCCACUUUCUAACAGGUCGCCUUUUUAAUUUUUUUCAUCUUGCAGGGAGAUCGGGGUCUUAAUGGUUCUGCAGGACCUCCAGGGAGCCAGGGGGAAUUCGGAGUGAUGGGAGAGAUAGGAGAGAGGGGCGUACGUGGCUAUGAAGGAGAACCGGUGAGAAAUGAGUGCCGGCCUCGAGUCGAAAAUUUAACCGAAUUUUAUUAGAGGUUAACCGUCAGCCGUUAAACGGCCAAAAACUGUAACUGUCAUCCGUCAAAAAAGGUUAAUAUUUUACCGUCAACAGUCAAAAAUGUAGCUUUAGAUUGACCGUAAAAACGUUUCAAGGUAUUUGAAAUCUCACUAUUUUAGCUGGUCUUGAAGGGAUCGUGUCUCCUGAAAAAAUCUUUAAAGUGGAAAAACCAGUUCCCAUUUUCUCAAAAACACUCUCUUUAGACAUUAUCAGACCUUACAACUUACUUAGAUCUGAAAAGAUUUCGAAAUUUUAUCAGCGAAAGACCAAGACGACCUUUAAAACACAACAGUGAAUAUAAAUUCACACAGAAGUUAAUAUUUACUUAAACGUUUUGACUAAAUUUCCACUUAAUACUCCUCAACCAACAAAAGCUCCAAAAUUUAACCGUCAACCGACAAAAUUAGAAAAAAUUAACCGUCAACCGUCAAAGCUAUCACCGACCUCGUUGAGACCCUCUAUUAAAUGCUGCUGUUGAUAACAACUGACGGAUGUCCAGCAUUUCUAUCUGGUCAUUUGCAGCCCCUAAAAAUGAAUAUUAAUCAAUUUUUUUCAGUUGUUUACAUGGAAUGAUGGAGUCCGUUUUAAAUGUAAAUAUAUUUUUGAGUCCAUGGACCAAAUUCCGUUCGCGAGACUAUUCAAAGGAAACCUCUUUGGAAGUAGUUUUGCCUCGUACGUAGUGGAGGACCCAGGGGAGGGUCCCGGGAGCCCGCCCCCUCCUAUUUUGUAUAAUUUCCACUUUUCUACUUUUCCACGUUUCGGAGUGAAUCGAAAGGGUCAUAAGCUGUUUAAUUCAGACUUCGCCAGUGACAAGUAACUUACUUACUGUCGCCAGUGACAGAGAAAGAAAUAGUAUGCAAUGCAACCUCUCACGCCGAAAUAAACAAAGCUUCUCUCGAGGAAGUUUACAUUUUUCUCAGUAAUAUUAAGGCAUGGGCCGGCUUCGACAGACGGCUUAAAGGGGCUAUGUCAGCUGGAGAGCAUGCGCUCUGAGGUUAUGCAAAUUACUUUCAACUGUCAAAAUUCUAUUGUUUUUAACGCGUGACUUUCUUCAUCUUCUCUGUCACGUCCAAGGUUCCGAAUUUGGAGAGGUUAACAAGCGAAACGGGUUUAGAUAAGGGAUAUUUCGAUAGAAUUUAUGGAGCGUUUCUUCUCUGGUUAUGCUAGAUCAAGAAUAAAAUUGUGACGACAAUUUUACUUGUAGUUUUGAAGUAAAAACGCAUGCCAUUCAUAAAAUAGAGCGCAAACAAAAAUUCAACAACAACAUAAUUGUCUUAUUCAACAAAAUAAAUGGAAGUUGUGUUUUACAAACGAGCUACAAAAGACGCUAGACCGAAGAUAAAGACCAAGACUGUUUCAAAUCAUUAACAAUUAGACUUGUCUGUCGCUAUUGAUUAUAUAAUUUAGAUGCUGAUAGAACAAGAGACCAAGUCUUUGUUUUGAUCUUAGGGAAACAUACAUUAUCGCGCAAAAUUGUUCGAUCGUGCCGAAUCACUGCGACGUCGAGAAAAACAGAACCCAGCAUCAUUGGUAUACUACUCCACUAUAAGCAGUCCGUUGAUAAAAAGGGAAAGUAAACUCUGCUAUUUUCCAAAAUUAUGCUCGAACACAAACAGUUCAAAAACAUGGCAUUUACAGGAUCUAACUCGUACUAAGGUGCCUCUCUAAGUCCGUUGAGAACAAUCUGGACGAGCAAACGGUCGUGUUUAUCUUUUCCGUGAAUCGAGAUAAAUACAAGAAGGAAUCUAGCCGAAUUUUAGAAUGUUUCCUUCGCCAGGAGUUUAGUUUCGUCACGAAACUCAUGGCCUGAUGCUCUUGUAAUCGUCGCCGCCAACUCGAUAGCCGCUUCAUUAUAUGUCCACAUACUUUGAGCACAAGAAAAAUCCAAGCGCCAGCAGCCUCUAAAAUAACUCAAUAGAAAGGUCCUGUGAACUAUAGGGAAGAUUCCAUCAAAGAUUCCAUCACUCAUUGUGGAGUAGCCGUCAUUAACUCUGCCAUUACAACGGCCGCUGAUAAGAGGACACAGUAAAUCCACGUAAAAACAUUCCACAGGCAAACAAUUUUAAAAUAACGCCAAAAAAUUGUUCUGUAAUCACCAUAGAACGAUUCUUAAUACAAAACUUCGCUAACUAUCGAACGAUGGCUGAGAUUUAGACAGAUAAAAACAGCCUUCCAAAAUCUCCAACACAACUUGAAAAAGUUAGGCCGUCUUUCUCAAGUUUGUUUUCAUUGGCUCGCGCAUGCGUGUUGGGUGACAUAGCCCCUUUAACUUUGUAGUUUCUGUAAGUAUGUAAGGAGAAAGGCGAAAUGUCUUUGGGCCUGCGGUUUGACUUGUUCCAAGAUUUGUCAUCUGCAGGUCGGGUGUCUUACCUAUAAAGGCCAGGGUAUUUUUAUCUUUUUGCAAGGAAGUAAUUUUGUUUCCUUACUUCUUUUUCAAGGGAGAUAUGGGUAAGAAUGGAGAAGACGGCAGACGAGGUUUCCAAGGCCAAAGAGUAAGUAUUGAGCUGGUAUUUUUUACAUGGGAAACCUUUGUACAGAAAACGUUCAUUGUUUUCUAAAGAGAGGAGCGUAGAGUCUCGACUCGACUCGUCAGUGCGAAGCUUAUUUAGAACUUCUGAUCUGCAAAUAACACAGUACUACCUAACGUUUCCUGCCUUUGUUAUCUACCAAAAUUAUAUAAAAGCAGCAAAAGAAAAACAUAAACAAGAUUUGGUGUACCAAAACUAAAAGACAUGUACAAUAACUGCGACUUUGUUUUCGACCGGCUGCAGCUCAGCUCGAGUACGUUUUCAAUAUUUUCCCUCUUAUAUACGAAGCUUAUUGUGGGAGAAGGGGCAUGCUCUUUCGAGUUAAUGCUGUAUGACAUACACACAUCCUUGUCAAAUUAAAUUAUUGUUGAUAUUGGUGUCGUAUUAACAUGCUAUUACGAUUUUUUCUAAUAUCUUUUAAUAUUCUUUCCCAUCACUAUCUGCUAUUGGAAAUUUGAUGCUUUAAACGCACAGGACGUUUUUCAUGUCACGACAACAUUUUGUUAUUGCGCUAAUGAAGUAUACAGCGUCUUGCCUGAUGACAACAAUUAUGUCGCUGAAAUUUUAGUAGAAAUGGAAUAAAGAUGUUGUACCAGCUAUCAGAAUAACUGCAAAUAUUAUUUAUCAUAUUCCAUUCUUAGGGAGCAGCCGGAGAACCAGGAGAUGGGGGAGAAGAGGGACCUAAAGGAUAUCCGGUAUAUCGAACUCCCGAAUUUGCCUUCCCUAGUGAACAAGCCUAAUAUUGGAGCGCAUUGGCGACAUAAACUGCUGGUUCUCAGUGCUCUAUACUUCUCUUCAAAUACAUCAACAGUGUUGUACUUAUAUUCAGUAUAUCGAUAUUAUUUAACAAUUAUUCGCCGAAGGCGAAGUUAAUAUUGUUGAAUAAUCCCCGAGACGAAGUCGAGGGGAUUAUUCAACAAUAUUAACUGAGCCUGAGGUGAAUAAUUGUUUUAGUAUAUUCACACGAAGUGAUCUCAACAGAAUCAGAAAGGAAACCAUUAAAAAACGAUUAGUUUGAUUGACGGGUGAAAAUUCAUGCGUGAACACGAAGCACAGUGGAUGCGCAAAAGUUAGAUCUUUACAGUAUCUUCAAACAUGGCAAAUGAUAGUUUUAAUCCUUUUGUAUCGAGUUUUGUAAGCUUUAGCAUCAACGGUUUAAAAGAAAACGCCGAAAAUUUAAAUUACUACCCAAUUCUGAGAAGAAAAGUAUCUAGAGCUUUAUUUGUUUCUGUCAACUCACCGUGAAUGAGAAAGUUUUCUUCGUCGCUUCUUACAAAUGCUGUCAACAGCGGCUGCGAUCAAGGUGAGCGUUGUUUAUCUCCGAAGUUCUUUGCCUUGUUAACUUGCUGGCACGUACAAUUUUCGAAAAUAUUUGCCUUCCUCUCUUCUCCAUAAAUUAACUUCUAUUUAUAGGCAAAAUUGGUCUUGCGAGAAAAUCCCGAAAUCACAAAACAGUGACAAAGCUACCUCGUUUUCCUCUGUAGUGGUAAACAUAGCUUCGAGCGUACAAAAAGUCAGCUAAAGUAAACCACUUCACAAUAAAUCACGCUGUUUAAACACCACGAAGUCUUUUCUUGCCUUCAAAGUCAUCAGCACUUGGAUAUUCGUGUAUUUUCAAGAAGGUUUUACUUUGAAACUUUGGCAAAACACCCAGUUCCCGACAGCGAUUUUGUUCGGCUUUAUAUUCACCGCCUAGCGCGGUGAAUAUAACGUCAUAGUCCGAGAUAGCUAACCAAUCAGAUUGCUUGAAUUACCAAGAUCACUGAGUGUGUAUAUACUAACUAUAAUUAUCGUACACUUUCUCCUUUUACAAGCAUUGACGCAAUGAAUGAGUGAUAUCAAUGACAUUUAAGUCCCUACUCUAUACUCAUCCACAAGACGCUAAAACAACGUUAAUGCAGUUUAUCAAAACCUCGGUCUGAAAAAUUUCAGAAAUAGUCUUCUCUUAAGUGGAUUGUUUAAUUGUUAACGGAAGGAGAAGCUACUCAAGCACUUUAAGUCAGUUGCUUGGUUUGAACAGACGGUUCCGAUACGUCGUAAACUCUUCUGUUGACUCACUUUCUGUGAAACAUGGAAUAAAAAAUAUUAAGUUUUUUUUAACUGGUGGCCUUAAAUGUUAAUUUAAUGUUUCCUUUUUUCUGAUAUGCUUUUUCUUGACAAAAGGGUGAUACAGGAUUUACAGGAAAGCCUGGACAACCUGGACCUAAUGGAAAGUUGGUAACUGAGUAUAGAAAUAUAUAUUUAUAUACAGAUAUACAUGUAAUUCACUCUCAUUUAUAUUUACAUAAUUUUUAAUGAAAGACGGAACACUUCUUGAGUUAAUAUGAAAAUUCAACAAGGACUCAAUAACCUUGUUUUUUUUUUUCAGGGAUGUUAAUAUGAAUUUCGGUCUCGUUAAUAACAAUGAUAUUAUCGUUCAGACGUUGACAGAAUUAUGGAACCUUAAACGUUUCGCUCCAUGUAAGGGGAUCCGGAUUCCGAAAUCUGGGAAAUUUUUGCUUUUGAAAUCCAGAAAGUAGUAUAGGACAUGGGGGUAUGAGGACAUUUUAUGUUUUUGGUAUAUGUUAUAUUGGUAUUUGACCUUGACCUUGGGACCACGCGUUCAACUGUCAGUUCAACUGGCAGUUACACAGUUAUACUACUCCAGAAUCCUGGAAAUAUUUGCUUGUGGAUUCCGGAAUCCAGGGCUUUGGAAUGCGUAAUACCAAUCAUGGAAUCGGGAAUCUCACUAUUGAUUGGAAUUCGGUAUCCUAGUUUCAAUGACGAAGAAUCCGGAAUCCAGCACCUUGAAUCCGGAAUCCAAGGGGUGGAAUCCAGAAUCCAAGACUGUGUUGGCUUUUCUUACUUGGGACGAAACGUUUCAUCCACGGAUUCAUGUCACCUAUUUCUCAGCAACGUUUCGGUGUUUGGUUUAUAAGAAGUUUCUGAUUCACUCACCAAUGUUUUGAUUUAUGCAGUCGCCCCAGUAUGGAAACUUGGCUUGAAAAAUGGGUACCAGUGAUGUUAAACUCUGUAAGAGACAACAAAGUAGAAUUCAGAGCCUUUACUUUUUUCCUAUUGCAGGGCAUGAUAGGAGAUUCUGGUCGGCGGGGCUCAGAUGGUCCACAAGGCCCGAAGGUAAGGUUGUGACCUGAUUUUAGACAUAAUUUGUAAUCACGCACUCAAUCGAUGAAUGAAUCAAUAAAUGAAUAUAUACAUGAACCAAUCAAUCCAUCCAUUCAAUCAGUCAAUCAAUCCAUCAAUCAAUCAAUCAAUCAAUCAGUCAAUCAGUCAGUCAGUCAGUUGGUCAGUCAAUCCGCAAUCAAAAAUCGGUCAUUCAGCAAAGUCUGUUGGACUUCUGUCUAGCUCGUGUAAUACUCGUGCAUUAGCUUAUGCACACUUACUUAGCCAUCUUGUGCCACCAUUCUCAACAUAUCUGUUUUGGCCUUGCCAUUUUUAGGGAGCACUAGGAUCGCAAGGACCACCAGGCGUUCCUGGAUACACUGGUAUGGAGGUGAGUACUUACAGUUCCUGGUCGAACAUCCAUAUCGUAGAGGACAGACUACAAGUCAACGACCUACUGAAGUAUUUCUAGCAUGUCACCAACACUGGAAGCCAACCUUGUACUAAUGCUGAUCGAGUGUUUCUAGCGCAAACCGCCAAUUAAAUAUUGAAAUAAUCUAUACCACCAGACCAACCCAUACUGACCUACAACGUUGUACUGUGUCAAGCGCUCUAACGUUUGCAACCAACUGAAGUAUGUCCGGCAUAUAAUGUAAUUAAUUUUGAAAGCUAUCCUUAUCCUAUAUAAUGCUGAUCGAGUAUUUUUAGCGUGAACUGCCGGCCAUGCCAAUUUUAAAAAUCUUGAAAUUUUCUUGCAGGGACGACCUGGACCUCAAGGAGAUUUUGGUGAUACGGUAAGUUAAUUUGCGGUUCGUAAGUUUUCACUUUUUUGGCUUUGCUUGUAUCACAAUUUCAGUCUUUUUGAUGCAAAGAAAAUCGAUGUUUUAUGCAUAUCAGUUUCCUCUGUCUCAGAACUCAGGAUUUAGGAAAUUCGUUUAACAAUUUACGGUAUUAAAAUAAUUUUUAUAUAUUCAUUUAGCAAAACGUCGCCGAAAACUGGCUAAAAUUUUAGGGCAAAUGAACAGCAAGAGUUUGUUGAACCGGACAAAACUAGGUUUGAAUUUCGAUAAUUAUUUUUUUUAUGUAACUCUGGAAUAAACGAAAGAAUGUUAAAAAUUAAAGUAGCCUGAUUGUGCUUCAUUCAAAGCUAUCAUAGUGAGUGAGUAAAAUCAUUUUAUAUUAGUACAAGAACCAGUUACAUUUGUUUAUUGGGCUUCGGGAAGUCCAUACAUGAGCAUGUAGAUGUAGCAGCCUUUUCAAAACGUGCACUCUUUAAUGGAUUUUAGUCAACGAUAUCAGAGAAUACAGAGGGUUUAGGUCACUUAUUUUAAUCGGAAGAACAUUUCUUAGUGAUCGAAUAGGUCGCACGAAUUGAAAUUAUUAGCCUUGGAGAAAUCACUAAAUUUGCUUGAUAAAAUUGCCUAGCCCUUGCCUUUGACCUUUGUUAUUGUCAUUCUUUUUUACAGGGACCAAGAGGACCCCCUGUAAGUUUACCCAUGGUUCUUCCAUAUGAAUUCUAUGCUAAAUAAAGUAGCGAUCUAUCCAUUCAUCCAUCCGUCCGUCUGUCCGACCUUCAAUCCGGUAUUUAGUUGCUCGUUAAGUUGCUCGUUAUGGGCUCCUGUGCGAUUACCAAUUAAUGAUGCUCAUGUUACCUUUCUGAGCUAUACACUCUCGGAAAAUCUAAUUCGUCUCCCGAGAAUGUCUUUUUUUCCUUUAUUACCACAAACCUUUAGUUAGCGUUUUUGCAAAACUGUGGAAUCUGGUCUGAAUCAGGGCCUCCAAACUAUGCCCUAUUUCGACUUAAAUCGAAAGAAAGUACUACUGUAUUGAGAAACACCCACAUGAAUUUAUGUUUUGUUUCAGUAAAUUGAUGGCAAGAAAGAGAACAAACAUGCACAUGACAAGAUAACAUCAUUCCAGACUUAUUCAACAAGAAUCAAUUGAAAUGCCACUCUUAGUUUAAAAGCCAUCAAUUAACUGAACAUGCGAAAGACUAUAUUUCAUCUUUCUUUAAUAAGUGAAUAUAUUUUUCUCAAUUUUAGGGUAGAGACGGAACACUGGUGAGUUGUCAGUGUUUAAUUUUUUAUUUUUCUUUGCUACACAAUAUAUACUGCAUGUUGUUUCUGCCUUACUUUCUUCACGGUUUAAAGUUUUUUUUCCGUUGUAGGGACCACCAGGACGACCAGGCCCACCUGGAGAAAAUGUAAGUUAAGCCGUAAUUUCCUUUCCGUACUGACGUCCGUCUGUCCCCCUGUCCGUUUUCUAUAUGUACUGUCCAUCCGUCGGCCCGUCCAGGCAUCACUUUUCAAACUGUCGUUACUGCUUCGAAAGCGCCUUAACCACUCAACGUCUCACAAGGCUAGUAGCUCAUUCAAGUUUCAAAAUUUAUCCACGAACAGAAGAAUAUUAACUGUUACAUGUUAGUCUGUUACGGAGAGUAUCACUUAAAUUAAAUUUUUCUUAUCUAAUUGCAGGGUCACCCAGGGAAACUUGUCUACAGACCGGUAAGCCUUGAAAGGAAAGGGGAAUUAGCUAAGGAUUUAUAAUGAUAAUAAUAAUAAUCAUACCAAAAUAUCUAUUGAACCUCAUUACGAAUAUUUUCGGGCCAGCUGUUUCACAGUUUUGGUGCCGCAGCCAAGAAGUUCAAUCAUUUUGUUAUUUCUUUCUUAAAGUGCAUUUAAUAGACUUAACACAUGGACAUAUAACAUGCACUCUUUAGGUGAAACACAAGAAAUCCAGCAGGAAAAAAAGGUUUAUUUGAAACUUCUUUUUCGUUGCCAAGUUUUUAGACAGUCUUUGUGAUUGGCAUGAAUUUAAAUACCCUAGUUAGGUGUCAGAGACUUCAUGCGCGGUUUCCGGUUUCGGUCACCCCGCCGCACAUGCGUGAAUAUCCUCUCGCCAGUUUAAUCAGAAGUCAGAUUAAACCACGAUUCAUAAGCACUGAGAUUUGCUUGAAUAAUGAACUUAUUUAGGCCAUGAAUUACAUUGAUGAACGAUAAAAGAAAAGAUGAUGAAUCAAUGUUUGUUAAUCUGUAUCCAUGACUUUACCCGUGUAGCCUGUAGGAUCUUCGGAAAAAGGACCAGCAUACCUUAAAAGAAGACUCUACUCUAGUAACAAGGUUGGUGAAUGUAUAACUUUUUAUUAUAUAGACACGAGUGUUUUACUGCAAAAUACACCACUCGUAAAAUUCAUAAAAACUACAUCCGGGACCCGAGUGGUUUAUUUUCCAUAACGAUAAACAAGGAUCAAUGUCAUUUUGUUUUAACAAAAGUUGCGGAAUUUUAUUUUCAUUCAAAAAAGCAAUAUUUUUUCUGCGCUCGUUCGUAAAAUAUUGUUUUGCCACUCGAAAAGAAAAUGCAUAUCUUCGCGCCACCGUGUAAUAUCCUCUAUGUAAAGCAAUAUUAACGAUAAACAAGGAUGAUGAUUUUAGUUGCGGUUACAUUGAGCUUUUCUUCCUCGAUAAAAUAAAUUAAUUAUUUAAUUACUUUAUUACUUGAAAUUAAUUACUUAUUGGGCAGUUUAUUUUGUCAUAUUUUAACAAGAAUUUCUGAUCAUAAGAUCUCAAUUUAUUAUCACUACCUUCUUCAGUAAUGGCUGAACUUGUUGUUACGUUACUUUAAUUUGAUUUAUUCACGUGACAACAAGUACUAUAGGCAUUUUGGGGUUUGACUGCUCUGCGCAGUUUACUGGUAGCUUCGUUUGGUAGUUCAAAGCAAUUUCAAACAUAGUUGUUACUGUUGAUGUAUGUUGAAAAACUUUUUAACGUUCACACAUUGUUAUUCAUAUCAUUUAUAGAGAAAUGACGACGAGACAAACACCGUUGAACACCGUUUACAAUUUGAGGUAGUCAUCCUUUUGUUAUAAACAAAACUUUGCCUAGUCCCUAUACGUCGUCUUUCCAAGCCCUCUCGGUCAAUGCAUUUCGGUGACGUAUCCAAGACGAACGGCGGGAGACGCCUAGACAAUCUCGGAGUGCGCAUGCGUGAGCACUUUUGCAUUUUUGAAAAGUUUCCACGUUCAACUGAAAUAAUCUAUAAAUAACUUUGCGCUUGAAUAUCCUUCGCUUAAAGAUCGGCACUUCUCCGAGUUUGUCUAGGCCUCAAAAACUUCCUCCGAUCACGUGACCCGAAACGCACCGGCCGCGCAUAAUAAUGAGGCCUAGGGACUACUACUAAAAUACUGACAAAAGGUCGACUGUUUGGGCUACUUUCUCAGUAUGAUUUUUUAUUUUUUUACGUCAUUAUUUCAAUGGAAACAAGACUCAAGAAGCCUCGGAUUUCUGGCUGAGGGGAAUCAACUACACCCUAACGAACUAUAAGCUACAAAAUGGUACUAAGCGAUAUCCGGCACGCUCAUGCAGAGAGCUUCAUCUCGAUCAUCCUGAUUAUCCAAGUGGUAUGUAUUAACUUUCAGCAAAACUGAACAUACAUCCAGCACGCUUCUCUAGGCAUUACAACAACAGCAACCCAGAACGCAUGGUAUUGUGGGACGUCUAAUACGUAUACUUCCGGUUAACUUAAAGAACCAAAACAUCCGGUUUAAUACACUACAGUCUGCUUACAUUCAAAUUCUUAUCUGAUUAGUCAAUUUGUCUAGUGUCAGACGUAACGGAACCGGCAUUUUCACAAACAACAGCGAAAAAUUAAAAACAUAAACACCACUGAACUCGACGAUCAACCAUUGUCAGAAAACACACAGUCCCAUAACGAUAAAUAAAUUUGGAAUUGCAGUACUCCACUUGAAAUCUAGGCGAGAAAAUAUACCAGACAAAGUUAUCAGUUCCUAAAUAAUGUUUUUCGUCUCGUUCAUGAGUUCAGAGUUUUCUCAGUUCUGUGAUAUUAUUGAAUUAUUAAGUUAUCAAAUAAUUGAAGAAUCGACAGUACUCUGCUGUCUGCUGUCUGUCGGAAUAUGCGGCGUUCAAUUUCAUUUUCCGAAUAAUUUUACUAACUUUCUUCAAAUAUGGUUUGCUUGUUUCAGGCAGUUAUUGGAUUGAUCCAAACGAAGGAUGCAUCGAAGACGCUUUCCGCGUUUACUGCGAUUUUGAAAAGCAAGUCAAUUGCAUUGAUCCCAAGAAUAGUAAGGUACAAGCAAAUUAUUCGCUCUUAGUACGUGGGGCUUAAUCAUUUAUCCAUGAAGGAUCGGAGGAGACUCAGGCGCGGGAUCCAUACCGUUUUCCACCGUUUUACGGAAAUCGGUCAGAUUUUUCAUAUUAUAAAUAUAUUUUUAUUAAAAAAACUUUAAACUUUCCAAGUUGAAAUCUGGAAAAUGGUUUGGGCAGUCAGUAAAUAUCUUGUCUGAAUAACUCAUAAAUUCAGGAAAUGGGACUUAAAAAGUUAAAAUACAAAAAAAUUCCCGAGGGAGCAUGUCCCCAGACCUCCCUAGAAGUAAGAAAUCUGUCAGUAUUUAUUUUGGACUGUAAAAAAUACCACAAAUUCAGUGAAUUCCCAUGCUUUCAAAUGUUAUCUUGAUUAUUCCAACCCCCUCCUCUUUAUAAAUAUAGGUCUCUGGAGACGAAUUUAGGGGGCUAUUCACAUGAUACCGAAUGACUUUUCAUUCCGGAACGAGCUCAUUCAGAAUCUCCAUAAAUCAUUAUAGUUAUCUGUAUUUAUAUUACACGAUACUGAAAAGACAUUUCGUUCCCAUACAAGUCGUUCUGCAAUGAGGUCAUUCCGGUUUCCAUUGCGAAUGAAAUUCUCGUUCCGCGACGAAAUUUUAUUCUGGUAUCAUGUAAACUGAAAACAAACUUCGUUCCGGACUGAAAAUCGCAAAUCGUGUAGUCUAGGGCGAGUGGCGCAUUUGUAUCUGAUCUGGCGCGAAAACGCCACUCGAGCGAGAACGCCUUAGGGCUGUGCCAUUCGAUUUUUGUGAAUACAGUACGAACUUCACGCUGGAACGAAACUCAUUCCGGAAUGAAAGUCAUCCGAUAUCAUGUAAACAGCCCCUUAGAGACAACAAGCAGUUCGGAAAGAGAACUGAGAAAAGAAAAUAUGUACUUGUGACUUGACAUACGCAACGUACUUCAUAAAAAAAUAUCACUGACAUUUAUUUUUUCCGAGUGACUUCCUCUUCGUAAUCGUCCAGAAGAAGGCAAAGAAAUGAACUGAAAAGUGUGAUGCGUAAUUUGUUUUUCUUGUUCAGUACGCCUUAUGAUUUUCGGCGGCCGUUGUGUUUUUUUUUUCACUGAGACCUCUAUUUAAAUGAACCGGCCACUGUCAACUCUUGCACCCUCCAGGGAGGGCCUUCUUGAGGAAGGUAAUUUCCGUCAUCAUACCGAGUUUUUGUAAUAAUAAUAAUAAUGUUUCCAAAAUCUUGAAUUGAUCACGAGACAGGUUUUUGAUUUAUAUCUGCACUGAAAGAAAGAUUUACCUUUGUGACGGUAAGGUCUUCUUUACAGAGUCUGACUGAGUUAAGCUGGGGGAUAAUUAAACGGUUCUGGUUUUACACCUCCCCUAAUCCAACAUUAAAACUAACUUCUCACUUAGGGCAAAAUGUGUGCUUAGGAGAGGGGUAGGUGGGCAGUUUCUCAGAAACGUACAUCCAAGCUGGGUUGCCCACAAGUAUUAUGCACGUAGUAGUCUGUUGCAGAUGAUAUGUUCAAUUGCUGGCUAUCAAUUAAAAUGGCGAAUUUGUAUUUUUAGAUGGACAUUUUUUCUUGCAGAUUACGGUUCCUCGACUUUCUGCACAGCAAUGGAUUAGCGAAGUUAAUCCCUCAAGUCAGAUGGUAAGUUUUUCACCCUACAAGUGACAGAAAACUUGCGCAUUUUUGCUAUGUUCUUUUUGUUCUUCUUUUAAACUUUCGGUAAUGAAUUGAGGGUAACCUUGCGGGAAAUGUUUAACCGUUUCACUGCCAAAGUUUUGCAAAAGAUUAUUUCCUGUCUGCCACUGGUUUUUUUACUCGUAGCCUCUAAAUCGCCCCAUGUAAGGGAAUAAGACAUUCUUGGAUUCUGGAUUCUAGGUACUGGAUUCCAGGCUUUGUCAAUCAGUGGAACUUGAAUUCUUGAAUUUUUUCCGGAUUCUGGAUUUCAAAAAUUUCAAUUUCAAAUUGCAAAAAUCUUCCUCAUUCCGAUUUCCGAAAGUGCUUUCAAAACCGAAUUGCGGCCUAUGAAAACCUGGACGUCAUUAACUUCGUAUCUGAAAGUGCUUAAAAACCGAACCUGUAACUGAUUGAAACUUCUAUACAUUUCGCCGGCGUCUUCGCGGAAGUGAUGCUCUAGUCUUGCGAUCGUGUUUUGAGCUAAUGUUACGAAUGAACAAACUCCAAAAAAUAUACAGAGAAGUUCUUGAAACUUUUUAUUUAAAAACUAAGAAGUUAAUCUAAAAGCAAGUAAAAAUUCAACACAAAAUCUAUCUCAGUCAAAUCGGGGUGCAUUUUGUAAUUUUUCUUUAGCACUGAUGACGGAGGUUAUAAAACGUUUGUGAAAUAUUUAUACAUAUAUAAAUUCCCUUUUAAAAACAAUACAUUGUUGGGAAAUUUUUAGACUGGCUUCUCAGAGGCCAUAGAAACUUUAAUCAGACAUCUUUUUUCUUUAGAUUGAAUACAAGGCCAAAGCCGUUCAGAUGAACUUUUUGAGACUCCUGACCAAACGAGCUCAUCAAAAUAUAACGUUUUCUUGCUAUAAAGAAAGGCAAAAUGAUUGCACUCUCAAGCUUUUAGGCGAAAAUGAGAAGGAAUUUAAAUCAUCUGAACAGAAACAGCUCAGCUUUGUUCCCAUUGCUGAUUCAAAGGUAAGCAGUAUACAAAUAUUGUUCCCGACAAUAGUAGUAUAUAAAAAUGAUAAGAAGAGAAAGUACUUACCGCACAAACCCUUCCACUGCUUUUCAUCUCUACUUUGAAGAAUUAAACUUAUUCAUAACAGUGUUAUGCAGUUAGGCUGACUGCUGCAGAAAUGGUGGAGCCUGGAGGCUGCUGGUGGUGGUGGUGGGUUUAAGCUGCCAACCCCUCUCCCCCGCGAGGAAAAAAAAGAAAAAGAAAGAAGCAAACACCUAAGACCUUUUGAGGGGAGGGUUCCCCAAGCCACCACUCUUCCCGUUACUGGUCAGCAACCCACUUGGAAAAACGUUCCGCCGACCCGUUCCGCCGUCUUUGUGGUGAAAGAUAAAAAGCCACUAAUAGGAGUUUGCUGCGCGUGAGGCGUUUGGAGGGGCGCGGGAACGGGAAAUUUUGACGCGCGCCCGAUUUCUCCAGUUUUUCUUUUGAUUGCUUUCCACAAAGGCUCUAGCCCUUGGUCCAAAAAUGGAUUUACACAAAUUUACUCCUUGCAAAUAUGUCGCAAAAGUAUAAACCUGAGGAAUAAAUAUGGGGCAAAGAGAGUAAAUGCCAUAUUUGCCAAGUUAUUUACACCCCCUAUGAAAAUGUGGCAUUUAUCAUCUCUGCCCCAUAUUUACUCUGCAGUUAUUACAUUUUUGCGAUACAUUUGCAUGGAGCGAAUUUGUGCAAAUCCACUUUUUUCGUCCAGUGUAGGUGAUAAAACACAGUUAUUGCCAGAGCAAAAAAAAUUAAGCUUGUAUUGACGAUUUUACGCAUACUGUAGACCAUUCUGUUUAGAGAAUUGUUUAGUGGUUUACCUUGUACUUUGAAGACUUUCCCUCGAUAGCUCAAAAUGCUUUUCCAUUGCCAGCGUUUAUGAAGAGUUUAAUAUUCAUAGUGAUUGUUCUUAGCUCCAUUUUAUAUUAUUGUUUCAGAAGACAGAAUCUUCCGGAAAUCAAGCAGUGAUUGAAGUUUUCACUAAACGCAAGGAAGCUCUUCCAAUAAUAGACGUCGCUCCAACAUUCCACGGAGCAGCUGCCAAGCAAUUCCGCUUGGAAAUUGGACCAGUAUGCUUUAUUUACUGA